UGAAGGCGACUUCGUAUUGAGUUUUCAGUUCGUUUUUUAGCGCGCGUGCGGUGCGGUUCUCUCUUAGUUUCAGUCUCAGUUCCAGUUCGAGUAACAGUUUCCAGUCUCAGUCGUUUCUCAAGCUCAUCAUCAAAUCUCAACUUAUUGCGGGGCUCAACGCGAGCAGCAACUGGGAAUUAUUUAAAACAAAUUUGAAAUAUUUGUUUUUUCUUCUCCAAUCAAUCGCAGUGAAAGUUUUGCGUGUUGUGUGUUUUCAAAUUUUACUCGUGAAAAUUUUAUAAAAGAGAAAUAAACCCAAAACCAAAACGCAACGCGACGCGACGCGACGCGACACGCGAAUCAGCCAAAGGCCAAAAAGUGUUUUCAAGAAAAGCGUCAACAGAAAAGCAAAAAAAAAUUUGUUAAAUUUAACAAAAAAUAAAAAUAUCAAGUGUCUGUGCACAGCUCAGUGCGUGUGUGUGUGUGAGUGUGUGUAGCUGACCAUCUCGCUGUGUGUGUGUGUUCAAAACGCUUUUGGCAGCUGAGAAAAUCUAAAUAAUUUUGCUGGCGUUGUUUUUCGUUGGCAGCUGUUGGCAGUAUGAACUGAUUUUCACCGAAUUUUGAUGAAAACAAUGCAAAAAUGAACAUAUUUUUGCCACUAGUCACGUGGAUUGUGCUACUACUUUCGAGUACGGUACAUUCACAACACCAACAACUACAACCCUUUAAGACAAAAACUGCAAAUAAGCAUAGUCGAUUUCGAGGUGAGGUGUUCUUUCUGAAUCUCGAAGAUGGCUAUUUUGGCUGCCAAGUUAAUGAGUCCACGGACUAUUUGCAACUAUACGAUCUAUCGAAAAUCUGCGACGGCAAUCAAGACUGUUUUCUUGGUUCCGAUGAGCUGAGUAAAGAGCUCAAAUGCACAAAUGACUGUGAUAAGGAUGGCACAAAGUGCACAAAUGGUGUUUGCCUCAAUGGUGUUUGCCAUUGCAAUGACGGCUUUGGCGGCUGCAAUUGCGUCGAUCAAGAUGAGAACGAAUGCAAGCAACGGCCAUGCGAUGUCUUUGCCCAUUGCACAAACACAUUGGGCAGUUUUACGUGUACCUGCUUUCCGGGUUAUCGCGGCAAUGGUUUCCAAUGUGAAGACAUUGACGAAUGCCAAGAUCCGGCGAUAGCAUCGCGAUGCGUGGAGAAUGCCGAGUGCUGCAAUCUGCCCGCGCACUUCCUCUGCAAGUGCAAGGACGGCUACACGGGCGACGGCGAAGUGCUGUGCACGGACGUCGAUGAGUGCAGCAAUCCGUUGGCCUGCGGUGUGCAUGCGCAGUGCAUCAACACGCCCGGCAAUUACACGUGCGCGUGUCCGGAUGGCUUUGUGGGCAAUCCCUAUGACGGUUGCCAGGAUAUCGAUGAGUGCGCAUACCCCAAUGUCUGCGGACCCGGUGCCAUAUGUACGAAUCUCGAGGGCAGUCAUCGCUGCGACUGCCCGCCGGGCUACGAUGGCGACGGACGCACCGAACAGGGUUGCGUCGAUCUCGAUGAAUGCGCUCGCACUCCGUGCGGUCGCAAUGCCGAUUGCCUCAACACAGACGGCAGCUUCCGCUGCCUUUGCCCCGAUGGCUUCAGCGGGGAUCCAAUGAACGGUUGUGAGGAUGUCGAUGAAUGCGCCAUUAACAAUCCAUGCGGUUUGGGUGCUCAAUGCGUGAACUUGGGCGGUAGCUUUCAAUGUCGUUGUCCACUGGGCUUUGUCCUCGAACACGAUCCAAACGCCGAGUUGCCCAGCACAACACCCACACUACAACUGGGCUAUGGCGAUGGCGACACAAUAAUCACACCGGCAGCAACAUCGGGCGCCGGUUUGGCCUGCCUGGACAUCGAUGAGUGCAAUCAGCCCGAUGGCGUUGCCAAGUGCGGCACAAAUGCCAAGUGCAUCAAUUUCCCGGGCUCAUAUCGCUGCUUGUGUCCAAGCGGAUUUCAAGGACAGGGCUAUUUGCACUGCGAGAACAUCAACGAAUGCCAGGAUAAUCCGUGUGGCGAUAACGCCAUCUGCACAGACACCGUCGGCAGUUUUGUUUGCACGUGCAAACCGGAUUACACCGGAGACCCCUUCAGGGGUUGUGUGGACAUCGAUGAAUGUGCCGCUUUGGAUAAACCUUGCGGCGAACACGCAAUCUGCGAGAACACUGCACCAGGAUACGAGUGCAAGUGUCCGCCAGGCUAUGAUGGUAAACCAGAUCCCAAGGAUGGAUGUGUGCCCACCGAUGUGAACAUUUUGUGUAGCAGCAACUUUGACUGCACCAACAACGCCGAGUGCAUUGAGAACCAUUGCUUCUGUCUCGAUGGCUUCGAGCCCAUCGGCUCCAGCUGCGUGGAUAUUGACGAGUGUCGCACUCAUGCCGAGGCUUGUGGACCGCAUGCCCAGUGCUUGAACACGCCCGGAUCGUAUCGCUGUGAUUGCGAGGCUGGCUAUGUUGGCAGUCCGCCGAGACUGGCCUGCAAGCAGCCCUGCGAGGAUGUCAAGUGUGGUGCCCAUGCUUACUGCAAACCGGAUCAGAAUGAAGCGUACUGCGUCUGCGAGGAGGGCUGGACUUACAACCCAAGCGAUGUUUCCGCUGGUUGCGUGGACAUCGACGAAUGCGAUCUGGUGCACGGACCAUUUGGUAGCUGUGGCCAGAAUGCCAGCUGCACAAACUCCCCGGGUGGCUACAGCUGCGCCUGUCCACCUGGAUACUCAGGAGAUCCACACUCAAAAUGCUUGGAUAUCGACGAAUGCCGUUCUGGCUCGGUGAAAUGCGGCGCAGGCGCUGAAUGCAUUAAUCAGCCAGGUGGCAGCUACUCCUGCCGUUGUCCCGAAGGCACUCUCGCCGAUCCGGAUCCCUCGGUGCGCUGUGUGCCCAUCGUGAGCUGCGCCUCGAGCGAACAGUGUCCCGGCAAUGCCAUUUGCGACGAGACCCAACGAUGCCUAUGCCCGGAACCGAAUAUUGGCAACGAUUGCCGUCAUCCCUGCGAGACGCGCGACUGUGGCGCCCAUGCUCAGUGCAUGCUGGCCAACGGACAAGCCCAGUGCCUCUGUGCACCGGGAUACACUGGAAAUGCUGCGCUGCCAGGCGGCUGCAGUGACAUCGACGAGUGCCGCGCCAAUCCUUGUGCCGACAAUGCCAUUUGCACCAACACUGCAGGCGGUUAUCUGUGCCAGUGUCCAGGUGGUUCCUCAGGCGAUGCCUAUCGCGAUGGCUGUGCCUCCGGCAAGACUGUCGGGUGCUCUGACGCCAAUCCUUGUGCUCUGGGCGAGAGCUGUGUUCAAGAUGCCUUCACCGGCAGCAGCGUCUGCAUUUGUCGGCAAGGUUAUGAACGUAGUCCCGAAGGUGGUCAGUGCCAGGAUGUCGAUGAGUGUUCUGGACAGCGAGGCAAGCCUGCUUGUGGAUUGAAUGCGCUCUGCAAGAAUCUGCCAGGCAGCUACGAGUGCCGUUGUCCUCAGGGACACACUGGAAAUCCCUUUGUUAUGUGUGAACUCUGCAACAGUCCCGAGUGUCAAUGCCAACCACCCUACAAGCUUUUGGGCAACAGCUGCGUCUUGGCAGGCUGCUCCACUGGACAGCCCUGUCCCAGCGGUGCAGAGUGCAUCUCUAUUGCGGGUGGCGUCAGCUACUGCGCCUGCCCCAAGGGUUAUCAGACGCAAGCCGACGGCAGCUGCGUGGAUGUCAACGAAUGCGAGGAACGUGGCGCUCAACUUUGUGCCUAUGGCGCCCAGUGCAUCAAUCAGCAGGGUGGCUACAGCUGCCACUGCCCCGAAGGUUAUCAGGGAGAUGCCUACAAUGGACUUUGUGCGCCUGCCCAACGUAAAUGUGCCGCAGACAAGGAAUGCGCAAGUAAUGAGAAGUGUAUACAACCCGGAGAGUGCGUAUGUCCGCCACCAUAUUUCCUGGAUCCCCAAGACAACAACAAGUGCAAGAGUCCUUGCGAACGUUUCCCCUGCGGCAUCAAUGCCAAGUGCACACCUUCAGAUCCACCGCAAUGCAUGUGCGAGGCGGGCUUCAAGGGAGAUCCACUACUUGGAUGCACUGAUGAGGAUGAAUGUGCUCAUCUGCCAUGCGCCUAUGGCGCUUAUUGUGUCAACAAGAAGGGCGGCUAUCAGUGUGUCUGCCCUAAAGGUUUUACAGGAGAUCCCUACAAGAGUGGCUGCAUUUUGGAGAACGGUGUGCCCAAGAGUACUUGCGCCACCAACGAGGAUUGUGCUGGAAAUUUGGCCUGCCUUGAUGGCAGUUGCCUCAGUCCCUGCGCUAGCUUGCUUUGUGGUCCCAAUGCCUACUGCGAGACGGAUCAGCAUGCUGGCUGGUGUCGUUGUCGCGUGGGCUUCAUCAAGAAUGCCGACGGAGAUUGCGUUUCACAGUGUCAGGAUGUCAUCUGUGGUGAGGGAGCUCUCUGUAUUCCCACCAGUGAAGGACCCACCUGCAAGUGUCCCCAAGGCUAUCUUGGAAAUCCCUUCCCCGGCGGUAGCUGCAGUACCGAUCAAUGCAGCGCCUCUCGCCCGUGUGAUGAGCGUCAGAUCUGCAUUAAUGGACGCUGCAAGGAACGCUGCGAGGGCGUCGUUUGUGGCAUCGGAGCCACCUGCGACAAGAGCAAUGGAAAAUGUGUGUGUGAGCCCAACUUUGUGGGCAAUCCCGAUCUGCUCUGCAUGCCACCCAUCGAGAUGGCGAAGUGUUCGCCCAACUGUGGCGAGAAUGCCCAUUGCGAGUAUGGUUUGGGACAGAGCCGUUGUGCCUGUAACCCCGGCACCUUUGGCAAUCCGUACGAAGGUUGUGGUGCUCAGAACAAGAAUGUUUGUCAACCGAACAGCUGUGGUCCCAAUGCUGAGUGUCGCGCUGCCGGUAAUCAAAUUACCUGCAUUUGCCCGCAAGGAUUCAGUGGAAAUCCCUACGUGGGAUGCCAAGAUGUAGAUGAAUGUGCCAACAAACCUUGUGGACUGAACGCCGCCUGCUUGAAUACUCCCGGUAGCUUCGAGUGCCUCUGCUUGUCUGGACAUGCUGGCAAUCCCUACAGCAGCUGCCAGCCCAUCGAAAGCAAGUUCUGUCACGACGCCAAUCAGUGUCAGUGCAGUGAGCGUGUCGAGUGCCCCGAUGGCUACAGCUGCCAGGGCGGACACUGCAAGAAUCUAUGCUCGAAAACAGCGUGCGGACCGCGCGCCAUUUGUGAUGCCGGCAAAUGUCUGUGUCCCUUGGGUUAUGUCGGAGAUCCACACGAUCUCAGCCAGGGCUGCAGCAUUCGUGGUCAGUGUGGCAAUGAUGCCGACUGUCGCCAUUCGGAGAUCUGCUUCCAGUUGGGCAAGGGUCUGCGCAAGUGCGUUGAUGCCUGCUCCAAGAUUCAAUGCGGACCCAAUGCUCUGUGUGUGGCCGAUGAUCAUCGUUCCUCUUGUAUUUGCUCGGAUGGUUACUUUGGCAAUCCCAGCAAUCUGCAGGUCGGCUGUCAACCUGAACGCAAAGUGCCCGAUCUCGAAGAUAAAUGCAAGACUGACAAGGAUUGUGAGCGUGGAUUUGGUUGCCAAGCUGGCGCUUUGGGCACUCGUGAAUGCAUCAAUCUCUGCUCGAAUGUUGUCUGCGGACCGAACGAACUUUGUAAAAUAAAUCCAGCGGGUCACGCGAUUUGCAACUGUGCCGACAGUUACGUUUGGAAUCCCGUUGUCUCCUCCUGCGAGAAACCCUCACUGCCCGAUUGCACCAACGAUGACAAUUGUCCAGAUGCUUCGGCAUGUCGCCCUGACGUUUUGGGCGUGCUCAAGUGUGUGGCCAUUUGCGACGCCUUCACCUGCCCAGCCAACUCGAUUUGUGUAGCGCGCCAUCACCAAGGACGUUGUGAUUGCCUCAACGGUUUCGUGGGUAAUCCCAAUGAUCGCAACGGCUGCCAGCCGGAACGGAAACAUCAGUGUCGCAGCAAUGCAGAGUGCUCCGAAUCGGAGGGUUGCAUCAAGGAUGAAGCCACACAGUCGCUGAGCUGCCGACCUGCCUGCGACAGUGUCAAGUGCGGACCUGGAGCCGUGUGCAUCACUAACAACCAUCAGGCCCAAUGUCAGUGCCCACCUGGACCUUAUGCCGGCGAUCCAUAUGAUCCUUUCAACGGCUGCAAGAGCGUGCCAUGUGUCUAUAAUCACGAUUGCCCGCCCAGUCAAAUGUGCAACCGCAUGACUCACACAUGCUACGAUGUUUGUGAUGAGGAAUCCUGUGGCGAGAAUGCCAUUUGUCUGGCCGAGGAUCAUCGUGCCGUUUGCCAAUGUCCACCCGGUUUCCGUGGCAAUCCUUUGCCUGAAGUCGCCUGUGUCAAGCAGAGUGGUUGCGCUCCGGGCAACUGCCAUCCCACCGCCAUCUGUGAGGUGACACCCGAAGGCGCCAGUUGCAAGUGCCCACCACUCUUUAUCGGAGAUCCUCAACCUAAUACCAAGGGCUGUCGUCCAGAUGGACAGUGCCCUAACGGAGAUGCCGACUGCCCAGCGAAUACUAUUUGUGCUGGAGGACGUUGCCUCAAUCCCUGUGAUAAUGCCUGUGGCUCCAAUGCCGACUGCAAGGUCGUAAAUCGCAAGCCAGUGUGCAGCUGCCCGCUGCGCUUCCAACCCAUCUCGGAGUCGGCCAAGAACGGUUGUGCACGCAGCGCUUCCAAGUGCACUACGGAUAUUGACUGCGGCGGUGAACUAUGCUACAAUGGUCAGUGUCGUGUGGCAUGCCGCAACACACAGGAUUGCUCCGAUGGUGAGCGCUGUGUGGGCAAUGUAUGUGUUGUCUCCUGCUUGGAUCACAGUCAGUGCUCCAGUGGUUUGGCCUGCAUCGAUGGCCAUUGCGCGCUAGGCUGCCGCAGCAACAAGGAGUGCAAGCAGGAGCAAUCCUGCAUUGGGAACAAGUGUCUGGAUCCCUGUCAAUCGAGCACCAGCUGCGGUCCGAAUGCUCUUUGCAGCAUUGCCGAACAUCGCAGCCAAUGCACCUGCCCCGAUGGCUUCGAAGGCAAUCCCACACCUGAGCAGGGUUGCGUGCGGGUUCCCGCACCAUGCUUGGCCAGCAAUCAGUGUCCCAAUGGACACAUGUGCAUCGGAAACCAGUGCAAUUUGCCAUGUACCAAGACCUCCGCUUGUGCGAUUGGAGAACGUUGUUAUCAACAGGUUUGCCGCAAGGUUUGCUACACGAGCAACAACUGUUUGGCUGGAGAGAUUUGCAACAGCGAUCGCACCUGCCAACCUGGCUGUGAAUCCGACGCCGAUUGUCCCCCAACCGAACUAUGUUUGACAGGCAAGUGCAAGUGCGCCAGUGGAUUUAUUGGAACUCCCUUCGGAUGCUCUGAUAUUGAUGAGUGUACAGAGCAGCCGUGCCACGCCAGCGCCCGAUGCGAAAAUAUCCCCGGCUCUUAUCGCUGUAUUUGUCCCGAGGGCACAGUCGGAGAUGGCUACACGCAACAGGGUUGCACACAGCCACGACAAUGCCACAAGCAUGACGAUUGCGCCAAUAGCUUGACCUGCAUCCAAGGCAAGUGUACAGAUCCUUGCCUGCACACGGAGUGCGGACCAAAUGCUCAUUGCCAGGCAGAAGGACAUCAAUCCACCUGCAACUGCCCAGCUGGGUAUCUAGGAGAUCCUAAUGACACCGGCGUGGGCUGCUUCAAGGUUGAGUGCAUUGAUCAUGUGGACUGUGCCAGCGAUCGUGCCUGCGAUGCGGAAACGAAUCGUUGCAUCAAGCCCUGUGACUUUACUAGCUGCGGCAAGGGAAGCUGCCAGGUGGCCGAUCAUCAAGCCAUCUGCGAGUGUUAUGAUGGCUAUCAGCUCACAAACGGAGUUUGUGAAGAUAUCAACGAGUGCUUGACCCAACCCUGUCACAGCACCGCCUUCUGCGACAAUCUGCCGGGCAGCUAUCACUGCAAGUGCCCCGAAGGACUCAUUGGAGACCCGCUGCAUGCCGGCUGUCGCGAUCCCAGCGAAUGUAUCAGCGAUGCGGACUGCCCCGCUUCGGCCAGUUGCCAGAACUCACGUUGUCGCAGCCCUUGCGAGCGUCAAGGUGCUUGCGGCUUGAAUGCUAAUUGUCAGGCUCAGGCACACAAAGCUAUUUGCAGUUGUGCUGCAAACUCUCGCGGAGAUCCUCAAGUGGAGUGCGUACAUAUCGAGUGCGCCGACAACGAUGACUGUGCCGCCGAAAAGGCGUGCCUGGACGCCAAGUGCGUUGAUCCCUGCUCCCUGCCAAAUGCUUGCGGUGCUCUUGCCCGCUGCUCCGUCCAGAAUCAUAUUGGUGUCUGUGCCUGCGAAUCAGGCAGCACCGGAGAUGCCAAGCAGGGCUGUGUGCCCUUGCAAUACUGCCAGCAGGAUACACAGUGUCCUCAAGGUAGCAUCUGUAGCCAUGGCAUCUGUAAUGCUCUCUGCAGCAGCAAUCGCGAUUGUAUUUCGGAACAACUCUGUCUGCAAGGUGUCUGUCAGAGCACCUGCAAGUCCAAUUCGACAUGCCCACAAUUCCAGUUCUGUCAGAACAACAUUUGUGCCAAGGAACUCGAAUGCAGUGAGAACAGCGACUGUGGCGAAGAUGAAACGUGUCUGCUGGAUGCCUAUGGACGUGCUCGCUGCGAGUCUGUGUGCUUGGGACGUGCCGCUUGUGGCCGGAAUGCCGAGUGUGUGGCACGUUCUCAUUCCCCCGACUGCAUCUGCAAGGAGGGCUUCUUUGGCGAUGCACGCUCCGGUUGCCGCAAGAUCGAGUGCAGCAGCGACGACGAUUGCUCGAAUGACAAGAGUUGUGACAAUCACAUGUGUAAGAUAGCAUGUCUCAUUGGACAGCCUUGUGGCGAGAAUGCACUCUGCACUACGGAGAAUCAUCGUCAGGUGUGCCAUUGCCAGCCUGGCUUUAGUGGCGAUCCUCGCGUUCGCUGCGAUGUCAUCGAUUUCUGUAAGGAUGCACCGUGCGGACCCGGUGCUCGGUGUCGCAAUUCGCGCGGUUCAUACAAAUGCACGUGUCCGCCUGGUCUGGUGGGUGAUCCGUAUAACGAGGGCUGUCGUAGCUCGGUGGAGUGCGAGACCCACGAUGAUUGUCCCCCGCAUGCUGCAUGCACCAAGACAAAUGGUGUUCCCAAGUGCCAGGAUGUCUGCGCCCAUCUGCAAUGUGGCCCCAAUGCGGAAUGUGUUCCGAAGGGUCAUGUCGCCCACUGUGCAUGCCGCAAUGGCUACGACGGCCAACCCGCUGACCGGGUGGCCGGCUGUAAGCCAUUGCCAGUGCCAUGUCAAAUCACUAGCGAUUGCCCCACCAACACCUACUGCUCCGAUAGUGUGUGUAAACCUGCCUGUCUGCUUGACACCGAGUGCGCCGCUUCAGAGGUGUGCCAGGGUGGUCAAUGCUUCAAUCCCUGCCAGCAGCCACAGGCUUGUGGCCAGAAUGCUGAAUGCCUCAUCCUCAGCCAUGUGAAACAGUGCCAUUGCCCCGAGGGCUUCACUGGCGAUGCCGCCAAGGAGUGUGUUCGUGUGCCCGUCGCCUGCGAUGGCGACUGUUCACCGGGCUACAGCUGCCGCGACUCCAUGUGUCUGCCUGUUUGCCACAACGAUCUGGAGUGCGCCUCUAAUGAGAAGUGUCUGCGUGGCAACUGCAUGCUGACCUGCCGCGUGGAUAACGAUUGCUUCUUGGGCCACGUUUGCCUGCACAACAAGUGCGUCUAUGGCUGCCACGUGGAUGAUGACUGCAGUGCCUCCGAGUCGUGUCGCAACGACAAGUGCGUCAAUCCCUGCCUGGAGAGCCCUUGUGGACCUAAUGCUGCCUGCUCAGUGUCGAAUCACCGCGCCAGCUGCAGCUGCCUGGACAACAUGGUGCCCAAUCCCACAGCUCAAGUGGGUUGCGUACGCUCACCUCCCCUCGAGUGCCAUGAGAAUCGUGACUGCAGCAAUGGCUUGGCCUGCUUCGAGUCCGUCUGUCGUCCACUUUGUGCCGACGACUCGGGCUGCUUGACCAACGAGCGUUGCCAGCAAGGCGUCUGCAAGCCUCUGUGUCGCCACGACAACGAGUGCGCCCAUGGAGAACUUUGUCUGGGUCUCAAUUGCGUCACUGGCUGUCGCUCCGAUCAGAGUUGUCCCGCUCACUUGGCCUGUGUGGGUCAGCAGUGUGUUGAUCCCUGCGCAGAUCCCACGGCUUGUGGCACGAAUGCCAUUUGCCAGGCCAUCGAACAUCGCAAGGAGUGCAGCUGCCCCGAAGGACUUACUGGAAAUGCGAAUGUCGCUUGCAAAGCACCGCGCACAGCUUGUGGCCGCAAUGAGGACUGCGGAGCGAAUCAAUUGUGCUAUGCGGGCAGCUGUCAAGGCAAGUGCCGCAACGAUCAGAACUGUUUGUCGGACGAGCGUUGCAUGCGCGGCACUUGCCGCACCGUCUGUAACACGGACAGCGCCUGUGCCCAGGGACAGAUCUGUGAGAAUCGCGUCUGCCAGACGGGUUGCCGCAACGAUCUGAGCUGCGCCAACGACGAGACCUGUGUGAACAAGAAAUGCCAGAAUCCCUGCCAGACACCCGAUCAGUGCGGUCAAUGCGCCGACUGUCUGGUCAUCAAUCAUGGCGUGCAAUGCCAGUGCCCAGCCUCCUUCAUUGGCGACGGACUCACUGGCUGCCAUCUGCCACCCGAGCGCUGCCAUCCCGGCUGUGAAUGCGACGAGAGUGGUGCCUAUUGUGCUGCCAAAUGCUCGCGCUCCGAGGAUUGUGCUUGCGGACAGCAGUGCGCACGAGGCAAGUGCCGCAACAAGUGCGGUGCCAAGCGUCAAUGCCCUCUGGGUCAGUUGUGCGAACGUGGUGCCUGUAUUGCGGGAUGCAAGUCGAAUGGUGACUGCGCCGCUGAUCAGAGCUGCGUCAAUGGAAAAUGCGCAGAUCCCUGUGCGAAUGAUAGAGCCUGUGGACGCAAUGCUCUGUGCACCGUCUCAGAGCAUCGCAUGCUCUGCUAUUGCCCCGAUGGCUACGAGGGAGAACCUAGCAAAGAGUGCGUGCAGUUCGAAUGCCGCGAGGACAAGGACUGUGAAUCGAACAAACGCUGUGAUCAGGGCAAGUGCCGCAAUCCCUGCCUGGAGUACGGAGCCUGUGGCACCAAUGCCCAGUGUCGUGUCGUCAAUCGCAAAGCACAAUGCUCAUGCCCACCCGAUUUCUUCGGCAAUCCUGCCAGCGAAUGCCAGCCACUCGAUGGUGGCUGCUCCACUAAUCCGUGCGGCGUCAAUUCCAAGUGCAUUGAGCUGCCUGGCGGCUACGAAUGUGCCUGCAUGGAUGGCUGCAUCGGCGAUGCGCUCAAGGGCUGCAUUUGCGAUGGUGAACUGGUGAAUGCCUGCCGCGAUCAACCAUGCGGUCUUAAUGCCGCCUGCCAUGUGUUGGACAACAAUCAAGCUGAAUGCUACUGUCCCGAGGACUUCCCCAAUGGCGAUGCCUAUGUGCAAUGUUAUCUGACUCCACCUCAACAGGACUGUCGCACCCAGGGCUGCGAUGUGGGUACGUGUGUGCGCCAGGGCUACGAUUAUGUUUGCCAGCAGGACACCGAACAAUGCUACUCAGAUACGGAUUGUCCCAGUGAAAAAUCAUGCCUGCAAGGACACUGCACCGAUCCUUGUACAAUGCGCGGCGCAUGUGGCACGAAUGCACUAUGCAAAACUGUACUCCAUCGACCCCGUUGCUCCUGUCCCAGCUGUCACAUUGGCCGACCCGAGGUCGAGUGUAAGCCGGACCCCAAGUGUGUGCCCGAAGACACAGAUCCCAGUACAAAGGAGCAGAUACCGUGUACUAGCGAUGCCGAAUGCCCCGAGACUUUGCAGUGCGGCCAAUAUGGUCAAUGCACAGAUCCCUGCAAGAAUCCCCUCUUCAUCUGUGAGAGCAAUAAGAAGUGCGAGACACGACGCCAUCAGCCCGUUUGCAUUUGCAAGUCGGGCUUCAUUGUGAACGAAUACGGUGAAUUGACCUGUGCUCCAGAUAAGCGAGAAUGCUAUCGCGAUGAUGACUGUGCCUCCAAUAUGGCCUGUGCGGAUGGCAAGUGCCGUAAUCCGUGUAUUGUCCCGCUGGGACGAGCGCCCAUUUGUGCCGAGAACAAAUCGUGUGAGGUUCAGGACCAUAAGCCAGUUUGCAUUUGCAUGCGCGAUUGCCAGCCAUCGAUAUCGAUUUGUUUGCGUGAUGCUGGCUGUCCAGCAGGUUUGGCCUGUCGCAAUUAUCAAUGCGUCGAUCCGUGCAAGUUUGCCACAUGCGCCCCCAAUUCGCCAUGCAUUGUCGAGGAUCACAAGCCGAUAUGUAAAUUCUGCCCAACUGGAUUUAUAGCCGAUGCCAAAUAUGGAUGUCAAAAAGAAAUCGGUUGUGCUUCAAGUGAUGAAUGUCCCUCGCAACAAGCGUGCAUCAAUGCGCUCUGUGUGGAUCCAUGUGCUCAUGCAAAUCCGUGCAGCCGCAGUGAGGAUUGUCGCGUGGUUGCCCACUCUCCCAGCUGUUCUCAAGUAUGCGAAUGCCAACGUAAAUCUGAUUGUCGUAGAGGUUUUGAGUGUGACGGAUGCAACUGUCGCGACAGCACUGGUCGCACUCCUGGCUGCGAUCACUGUCCACCAGGCGCCAAGUGUGACCCAACAACUGGCGCAUGUAUCAAAGCUAAUGUAACAAUAACAACUAGUACUACCAAGCCAAUCACAGCGAAAACUACAACAACAACAACUACAACAACAUCAACAAACCCUACAACAACCACAACCACAACAAGAACAAGCACAACUUCUUCUAGCACUGAAAAGAGCACAAUCAUUACUACCGCUACUAACCCCACCACAACCACAGAUAGUACCACGACAAUUGAGACUACAACGAUUAAGUCGGGACACACAAAAGGUUAUCGGGAUGGUGAAAAUAAUAUAACCGAUACACCGACACCAGGACCAAUGAUCACAACAACCACAGUGAGCAGCAAAGAUUCUGGUAUUCGGCGGACUACAACGCCAAAAAUGAAAACCACUCGUCUGGAUACCUCGAAUGAGAUCCCAGAGACGACAACGAUGAGUAGUACCACAACGUGGCCCACAGAGUUACCCACUCGUCCGGGCACAACCACCGAAAUGGAUAAUAUAUUCACGAUGCAAACCACAAACGACGGCACCGUCGCAACCACUGCACCACCACCGGCGACAGCAACAGAUAUCACAAUUAUUAACCCAUGUACAGUAGAUACUAACUGUGCUCCUAGCGAGCACUGUAAGCUGGGGCGUUGCCAAAAGAAAGAACCAUCGGGCACAUCCAAAACACAAGAGCCUUGUCAAUCAAAUAACGAUUGCAUUGAAAGUGAGGCAUGCUACAUGGGUUUGUGUCAAGAUCCCUGCGAGUUUGCCAAGGUCUGUGCGCCAAGUGCCAAGUGUACGGCAAAGAGUCAUCGACCCAUUUGCAGUUGCCCACAAGGACAUGAGGGUAAUCCAAUGGUCAAGUGUGUGCCCACUGAUAACGCAAUCGAAUGUACUGACAACUCGGAUUGUGGAGUGACAGAAGCCUGCAUCAAUGAGCGUUGUGUACAUCCUUGCGAUGCGCACGAUCCAUGUGCUCAGAAUGCGGUCUGCAUCAACACGAAUCACGCGGCUGAUUGUAGCUGUGCGGAUGGUUAUCAGGGCAAUGGAUUUGUUGGCUGUCAGCCAGCACGCACCCAUGUAUGCCAAUACAAUGAGGAUUGUCCACCGAACAAGCUCUGCGAUCGUCUCAAUCGUCGCUGCAUUAAUCCUUGCCAAGAGGAUUCAUGUGGCGAGAAUGCCGAAUGUGUACCCGUCAAUCACGGGAUCGAUUGUCGCUGCCUGCCGGGCUACCAGGGCAACGCCUAUGUCAUGUGCCAACAAUCUCUGGGCUGUCGCUCGGAUUCGGAAUGUGAUGCCAGUCAGGCAUGUCUCAAUGGCAAGUGCACCUCGCCGUGUCAAUGCGGCGCAUUUGCACUUUGCGAUGUGAUAAAUCAUCGCGGCAUCUGCAAGUGUCCACCUGGAUACAACGGAAACCCCGAGGUGGGCUGCAGUCCACCACAGAAUCCUUGUGAACCCAAUCCUUGUGGUCUUAAUGCACUGUGCGAACUGGACAAUGGCAAUCCCAUCUGCUUCUGUCCCAAAGGACUCACUGGCAAUCCAUUCAAGAAUUGCAUACCUGAGGGCGAUGAAUGUACACCAAAUCCAUGCGGACCCAACUCUGGCUGUCGUCGCGUAAAUGGCGCUCCUGUUUGCUUCUGCUUACCGGAGUACGAGGGUCAACCACCGCUUAUUGCCUGUGAGCUGCCCUCAAAUCCCUGCGAUCCUUCUCCAUGCGGUCCAAACACUCAGUGCUCCGUGCUGAGUAAUGGAUUCUCCAAGUGUACGUGCUUGCCUGGAUAUGUGGAGAGCCCCAAUACCAUUCGUGGCUGUGUUGAGCCUAUCAACCCGUGCGAACCCAAUCCUUGUGGCACUGGUGCCAUUUGUGAUUCUUCGCGUCAACCGGUCUGCUAUUGUCCAGACAAUAAAGUCGGCAAUCCCUUCAGAAGUUGUGACAAACCAACGGAACAUACGGUUGAGUUAUGCCAGCCUGGACCUUGUGGACGUAAUGCCGACUGCUAUGUAGCCGAAAACCGAGAGGAGUGCUACUGCCGCCCUGGUUAUGUGGGCGAUGCUUAUCAAGGCUGUCGCGAACCCAGCCGUACCGUUUGUGAUCCCAAUCCAUGUGGACCCAACGCCAACUGCGUCGUUGCUGGCGAUGGUCAAACUGCUUGUGUUUGUCCCGAAGGACUAUCUGGAGAUCCAACAUCGCUUACUGGCUGCCAUGGCUACGAGUGUCAAGUGGAUGCCGAUUGUCCACAAAGUAAGGCUUGCAUGGGCUUCCGUUGCUACGAUCCAUGCCCUGGAGCUUGCGGUCAGGGUGCCAACUGUCGCGUGGAGCAACAUCAUCCAGUUUGCUCUUGCAAUGCCGGACUAACUGGUAACCCUGGUAUACGCUGCUUUGCCUUGGAUCAACCUAAGGCCAAUCCUUGUGUGCCCAGUCCUUGUGGCUUGAAUAGUGAAUGCAAGUUGCUCAACAAUCGUGCUGUCUGCUCCUGUUUGCCUGGCUAUCUGGGUGAUCCACAGUCUGGCUGCCAACCCGAAUGCGAUAUCAACUCUGACUGCGGCGACCCACUCUCCUGCAUCAAUCACAAGUGCGUUGAUCCGUGUGCCGGUACCAUCUGUGGCAUUAAUGCCAUCUGUAAUGUGCGCCAGCAUACGCCAGUCUGCCAUUGUCUCGAUGGCUUCGCUGGUGAUGCCUUCCUCCAGUGUGUACCCAUUGGCAUAUUGAAGAAUGUUUCGCGUGAUCCUUGCGCUCCGUCACCUUGUGGACCUCACGAUGUGUGCUCCGUCUUUGGUGACGGUGUCGCUCUCUGCGAUCCCUGCUUUGGUCCGGAUGCUCAACAAAAUCCCCGCUGCCGACCGGAGUGCGUUGCUAACUCAGACUGUCCCUUCGAUCGCGCCUGUUUGGGUCAACGUUGUUUGGAUCCCUGCCCCGGUUCGUGUGGCCGUAAUGCCGUCUGCCGCGUCUACGAGCAUAAUCCAGUUUGUGCUUGUCCUCAAGGACUUUAUGGUAACCCAUAUGAACAAUGCUCACCGCCCUCACCCAUUGUUCCGACGCCUUCGCCCAGCUGUGCUAAGCUGCAGUGCGGUCCCAAUGCCGAGUGCAAGCGCCAAAGUGGCGGCUUAGCCUGCAUUUGUCGCAAGGGUUACUUUGGUAAUGCCUACCUCGGCUGUCGCCCCGAGUGCGUCCUCAACAGCGACUGUACCGCAGACAAAUCUUGUGUAAACUCCAAGUGCGUGGACGCUUGUGUGGGUAUUUGUGGCAUUAAUGCCCUCUGUCGUGUUGUGAAUCAUGCGCCAGUGUGUGUCUGUGCCGAGGGCUACAGUGGUGAUGCCUUCUUGGCAUGUAAUCCAUAUUACCUGCCACCACCAACGCCAUCGAAAAAUCCCUGCGAACCGUCGCCUUGCGGUCCCAACUCACGUUGCUUGGCCUCAGCCGAUGGUUAUGCCGCCUGCUCCUGCCUACCCAACUUCAAGGGCGCACCACCCGUCUGCCAACCCGAGUGCGUGGUUAGUUCUGAGUGUGCUCCAAGCCAGGCUUGCAUCAACAAUCGCUGUGCAGAUCCCUGCCCAGAUACCUGCGGCAUUGGUGCCCGUUGCGAGGUGCUUAAUCACAAUCCAAUCUGCUCUUGCGAACCCAAUCAUGAGGGUGAUCCAUUUGUCGCUUGCUCACGCAUUCCCGAUCUGCCGCCAGAUGGCAAGACCCCAGGCAAUCCCUGCGUACCUUCGCCUUGCGGACCCAACUCAAUCUGCCAGAUCAAACAAAACCGACCCGUCUGCUCUUGCGUUGCUAACUACAUCGGAAGUCCUCCCUACUGUCGUCCAGAGUGUACGCUCAGUAGCGAGUGUCCCGCUGACAAAGCGUGCAUACAUGAGAAGUGUCAGAACCCAUGCGCCAAUGCAUGUGGACACAAUGCUCGCUGCACAGUUGUGGCCCAUUCGGCGCACUGUAGUUGCGAUCAAGGCUUCGAGGGAGACGCCUUCGUCGGCUGCUCCAAAGUCAUCAGAGACAAACCCAGCGAUCAACGCAAUCCUUGCUAUCCGAAUCCAUGUGCGGAGAAUGCGGUCUGCACACCACACAAUGAUGCCGCCCGUUGCAGCUGUAUUGAGCCUUACUUUGGAGAUCCUUAUAGCACUGGCUGUCGUCCUGAAUGUAUCUACAAUUCCGAGUGUCCUUCGUCUUUGGCAUGCAUUAAGCAGCAUUGUCGCAAUCCUUGCACGGGUGCUUGUGGAGCUAAUGCCGAGUGUGCAGUCGUUAAUCAUUUGCCCACCUGCAGUUGUACUCGUGGAUUCGAAGGUGAUCCCUUCGUGGGCUGCAAACGCACGCCGAUUGGACCAAUUAGUGUAUGUGAACCGAAUCCAUGUGGACCAAACAGCAUAUGCCGAACAGUCGAGGGACACCCGACGUGCAGCUGCAAGGUUGGCUACUUCGGUGCUCCGCCCACAUGCCGACCGGAGUGUGUGGUUAGCGCAGAAUGUGCCCAAAAUUUGGCUUGUAUCAAUCAAAAGUGCGCUGAUCCUUGCAGUGGCACGUGCGGCUUCAAUGCCAAGUGUCAAGUGAACAACCACAACCCCAUUUGCACCUGUCCCAAGAAUUAUGUCGGCGAUCCAUUCGAGCAAUGUGUACCAAAACCUGAACCACGUCCUGCGGUAAAUCCCUGCCUGCCCAACCCUUGUGGACCUAAUGCCAAAUGCCGCGAUGUGAAUAAUCGUGCAGAAUGCUCUUGCUUGGCUGGCAUGUUUGGUGCUCCGCCAAACUGCCGACCCGAGUGCGUCAUUCAUCAGGAUUGUCCUUCAAAUCGGGCAUGCAUACGCCAACGUUGCGAGGAUCCUUGUGUCGGUACUUGUGGUUUUAACGCCCUCUGCACCACACAAAACCAUCAGCCUAAGUGUAGCUGUCUCGAGAACUAUCAGGGUGAUCCCUAUACUGGUUGCAAUAUGAUUGAAAUUGUGGUACCCGAUUUGCCCACUGAUCCAUGCUAUCCUUCGCCAUGUGGUGCGAAUGCCAUUUGUCGCGAACGCAACGGUGCUGGCUCAUGCAGCUGCAUCCAAAACUACUUUGGAGAUCCGUACAUUAAUUGUCGCCCCGAAUGCGUACAAAACAGUGAUUGCCCCACAAGCAAGGCCUGCAUCAAUAUGAAGUGCCAAGAUCCCUGUGCUAAUGCCUGUGGUUUUAAUGCCAUCUGUCGAGUUGCGCACCACCAACCCGUUUGUAGUUGUGAAUCCGGUUUCACAGGGAAUCCACUUCGCGCCUGCGUGGAGAAACCCUCAAAUAUGUAUCUACCAAUUCCGAAAGACCCAUGCAGACCCUCACCCUGUGGCCUCUUUAGCACGUGUCACGUUAUUGGAGAUCGUCCCGUUUGUGCUUGCUUGCCAGAUUACAUGGGCAGUCCGCCCAAUUGCAAGCCCGAGUGUGUAAUUAGUGCAGAAUGUCCAUCAAACAGGGCCUGCAUAAAUCAGAGAUGUUCCGAUCCAUGCCCUGGCACUUGUGGUUAUAAUGCGCGCUGUCGCACCACCAACCACUCGCCUAUAUGCAGUUGCUAUGAUGGUUACACCGGUGAUCCAUUCCAUCAGUGUCUGCCCGAAAGAAAGCCAAUCGUGGUACCCGACCCCAUAAUACCGGUUAAUCCUUGCAUCCCAUCGCCCUGUGGCCCCAACUCGCAAUGCCAAGCGUCCAGCCAGGGCGCUGUCUGCGCUUGCAUCAACAACUAUGUUGGACGUCCGCCCGCUUGUCGUCCCGAGUGCAGCAUCAACUCCGAGUGUCCGGCGCGCAUGGCUUGUAUGAAUGCUCGCUGUGCUGAUCCCUGCAUUGGAUCCUGUGGCAAUAAUGCUAUAUGUCGUGUCAGCUCUCAUGCACCGGUGUGCAUGUGUCAGCCCGGUUAUACAGGCGAUCCCUUUACCGGCUGUUAUCAAAUCCUGGAAACACCUAUUGAGACCACUCAACCUUGUCGACCUAGUCCUUGUGGCUUAAAUGCCCUUUGUGAGGAACGUAAUCGUGCCGCUGCUUGCAAGUGCGUGCCUGAAUACUUUGGAGAUCCUUAUGUAGAAUGCCGACCCGAGUGCGUCAUCAACUCAGACUGUCCUAAAUCUCGCGCCUGCGUGAACCAGAAAUGCGUUGAUCCUUGUCCAGGCAUGUGUGGCCAUAGCGCCCAAUGUGCCGUCUUCAAUCAUGCGCCCAACUGCGAAUGCCUGCCAGGCUACACUGGAAAUCCCAUCGCUGCUUGUCAUCUUAUUCCUGAAACUCCGCGAUAUCCCGAACCCAUUGUGCCCGAAAAUCCUUGUCAACCCUCACCAUGCGGCCUUUACAGCAAUUGUCGAGCAUUGAACGGCCACGCCGUAUGCUCGUGUGUGCCCAAUUAUGUGGGUGCUCCACCUAAUUGCCGACCAGAAUGCAUGAGCAGUUCCGAGUGCAGUCAGGAUAAGUCGUGCAUCAACGAACGCUGCAAAGAUCCCUGCCCAGGCACAUGCGGUCAAAAUGCUUUAUGCCGAGUCGUCAAUCACAAUCCUAUCUGUUCAUGCAGCCCCGGCUUUAAUGGUGAUCCCUUUAUACGGUGUCUACCCGAACAGAAACGUCCCAUUGUAAGUGGCCGCGUUGAUCCAUGUGUGCCAUCGCCAUGUGGUCCCAACUCGCAAUGUCGGGUGUCGGCUGCCAAUGAGCAACCUGUGUGCUCAUGCUUGCAACAUUAUGUGGGUAGGGCGCCAAAUUGCCGCCCGGAAUGCACAUCGAACUCCGAGUGUACCGGCAAUAUGGCCUGCAUCAAUUUACGCUGUCAAGACCCCUGUGUGGGCACCUGCGGCAUUCAGACCACAUGCCUUGUAAAUAAUCACAGACCCAUUUGCCGUUGCCUUGAUGGUUAUGCGGGCGAUCCAUUCUCAGAGUGUAGUCCGCAAAUUGUUGUACCGCCUGAAAUUGCCAAUCCCUGCAACCCAAGUCCCUGUGGUGCCAAUGCACUCUGCAAGGAACGUAACGGCGUCGGAUCCUGCACUUGUCUGCCAGAAUAUAGUGGUGAUCCGUACACGGAGUGCCGUCCGGAAUGUGUUCUCAACAGUGACUGCUCAAAGAAUCGAGCGUGCCUCAACAACAAGUGCCGCGAUCCCUGUCCUGGAGUCUGUGGCGUUGCCGCCGAAUGCCACGUGAUCAAUCACUCACCCAGUUGCAGUUGCCCCUCUGGUUUCACGGGCAACCCCUCGCAAUAUUGCCGCGAAAUACCCAAAUUGGCGCCACCAGUGCAACCUUGUCGACCAUCGCCUUGUGGUCCUUAUAGCCAGUGCCGUGAGGUAAAUGGUCAUGCGGUCUGCUCAUGCAUUACCAACUAUAUUGGUGCCCCACCUGCCUGUCGUCCCGAGUGUUCGGUUAGUUCCGAGUGCUCGCAAGACAAGGCCUGUGUGAAUUCACGCUGUGUAGAUCCAUGCCCAGGCACCUGUGCGAGCGAGGCUCACUGCAAGGUGACCAAUCACAAUCCAAUCUGCUCCUGUCCACCUGGCUACACUGGCGAUCCGUUCGUACACUGUGCUCCGUGGCAACCUGAUGCACCUGAGACACCCAAAUCCAAUGAAAAUCCAUGCGUGCCAAGUCCAUGCGGUCCAAACUCGCAGUGCCGCGUUGUCGGCGAAACAGGUGUCUGCUCCUGCCUGCCGAACUACAUAGGACGUGCUCCUAAUUGUCGUCCUGAGUGCACGCAAAACUCUGAGUGUCCGGCCAAUUUAGCCUGCGUCAAUGAGCGUUGCAAGGAUCCAUGUCCUGGAUCUUGUGGCUUUAAUGCCUACUGCAAUGUGGUGAACCACUCGCCUGUUUGUAAUUGCGAGAGCGGUUACACCGGUGACCCAUUCGCUGGCUGCAAUCCACAACCAAUUACUGUGCCCGAAGAACGUUUGACUCCAUGUAUACCUACACCUUGCGGUCCGAACGCCGAGUGUCGAGAACGCAAUGGUGCCGGAUCCUGCACUUGCCUGCCGGAAUAUUUCGGUGAUCCGUAUAGCGGCUGUCGUCCUGAGUGCGUGGUCAACAGUGAUUGUGUCCGCGACAGAUCGUGUAUCAAUCAGAAAUGCGUGGACCCCUGUCCAGGUGUUUGUGGCUUGAAUGCCGAAUGUCGUGUAUCUAAUCACUUGCCCAGCUGCCACUGCCUGGCCGGUUACACUGGAAACCCUUCAAGUGCUUGCCGAGAAAUACCCCAACUCCCCGCUCCACCUGUAAAUGUCAAUCCAUGCGUGCCCUCACCCUGUGGUCCAUAUAGUCAAUGCCGUGAAAUUAACAACCAUGCCGUAUGCUCCUGCCAACCUUCUUUUACUGGUUCAGCGCCUAACUGUAGGCCUGAGUGCAUUGUUAGCUCUGAUUGCGCUCAAAAUCUCAACUGUCAAAAUCAGAAGUGCGUGGACCCGUGUCCAGGUACUUGUGGUCUGGAAGCGCGUUGCCAGGUCAUUAAUCACUAUCCUGCAUGCUCCUGUGCCCCAGGCUAUACCGGAGAUCCCUUCAAUAGAUGUACUCGUAUUAUAUUGGAUGAAACAACACCCAAAGUACCCGGUAAUCCUUGUGCGCCCUCACCCUGUGGGCCCAACUCCAAAUGCGUCGAUAUACGCGGUUCACCUGCAUGCUCCUGCCUGCCCGACUAUAUCGGCAGACCACCCAACUGCCGACCCGAAUGCACGACAAGUCCAGAUUGCCCAGCCAAUCUUGCAUGUAUUAACCAGCGCUGUGCCAAUCCAUGUAUCGGUGCCUGUGGCCUGCACUCUCAAUGCAUGGUCAUCAAGCAUAAUCCGAACUGUCAGUGCGAGCCUGGUUAUACCGGAGAUCCUUUCUCCGCCGGCUGUUCCAUUAUACAACAAAUCAUUCCAACAGAAGCGCCACGUAAUCCAUGUAAUCCCAGCCCUUGUGGAGCCAAUGCCAUUUGUCGGGAACGCAACGGAGCCGGCUCCUGUGCCUGUCAGCCAGAGUAUUUCGGUGAUCCGUACAGCGGAUGUCGUCCAGAAUGUGUGCAAAAUGCCGACUGCGAUCGUUCUCGUGCAUGUAUUAAUAACAAGUGCCAGGAUCCAUGCCCAGGUGCCUGUGGAAUCAAUGCCGAAUGUCGUGUUCUGAAUCAUGCACCCAACUGCAUGUGCUUUGAUGGUUAUGAAGGAGAUCCGCAUCGGUCAUGUGCCCUCAUCGAAGUGGUAACACGCCGUCCAGAGAAUCCCUGUCAACCAUCGCCUUGUGGACCUAACAGUCAGUGCCAUGAUCAAAACAGCCAUGCUGUCUGCAGUUGCUUGGAGGGUUACAUUGGAGCACCGCCCACCUGCAAGCCAGAAUGUGUUGUCAGCUCAGAGUGUGCUCAGAAUCGUGCAUGCGUCAAUCAGAAAUGUGCUGAUCCUUGCCGUGGUGCUUGUGGAGAGAAUGCCAAGUGCCAAGUUGUCAAUCAUAAUCCCAUAUGCAGCUGUGUGCCAGGAAUGACUGGAGAUCCGAUCUCAGGUUGUGUCAAGGAUGUCGCCAAAUCUACAGAGAAUCCAUGUGUGCCAUCACCAUGCGGUCCAAACUCUAUAUGCCGUGAGAUCGGUGAACAGGCCGCUUGCUCUUGCCAGACGAAUUACAUUGGUCGUCCGCCCAACUGUCGGCCCGAGUGUACCAAUAACGACGAAUGUCAGAAUCAUUUGUCCUGUCAGCAGGAACGAUGUGUGGAUCCUUGUCCUGGCUCAUGUGGCAGCAAUGCCGUUUGCCAGGUAGUGCAACACAAUGCUGUCUGCUCCUGUGCUGAUGGCUACGAAGGAGAUCCCCUCUUUGGCUGCCAACCCUUGGCUCCAAUAUUAACCACUACACCACACUCAUCACCAUGCGAACCUUCCCCCUGUGGUCCUCAUGCCGAAUGCAGAGAACGCAACGGCGCUGGCGCCUGCUAUUGCCACGAGGGCUUCGAGGGCAAUCCCUACGAUGCCCAGCGGGGUUGUCGACGCGAAUGCGAGACUAAUGAUGAAUGUAGUCCGGCCCAGGCUUGUGUGCGUUUCAAGUGCAUUGAUCCCUGUGCCAACAUGUGCGGCGAGUUUGCUAUUUGCACAGUGGAUAACCAUGUGCCAAACUGUAACUGCCCUGAUGGAUAUAGUGGAGAUCCGUUCUUCAGCUGCCGUCCUGUGCCGCGCACACCACCGCCGCCAGUAAAUCCCUGCGUUCCAUCGCCCUGUGGCCCCAACAGCAAUUGCCGCAGCAUUAACAACCAGGCGGUUUGUUCCUGCCAGUCCGGCUUUGUCAAUCAACCCCCCAAUUGCCGACCCGAGUGUGUGGUAAACGCUGAAUGCGCUCCGGAACGGGCUUGUGUCACUAACAAGUGCGUGGAUCCAUGCCUGCAUACGUGUGGCGUUCGCGCCAUCUGUACCACCAAGAAUCAUAGCCCUAUUUGCACAUGUCCGCGUGGCAUGACUGGCGAUCCUUUCGUGCAGUGCAGCAAGAUACCAAUCACUAUUGAUGUAACCACACCUCAACCACCCGUACCUUCUUGUGUACCUUCGCCUUGUGGUCCGAACUCUAAAUGCCAAAUUGUUGGUGGCAGUCCUGCCUGCUCAUGCCUGCCCGACUUUAUUGGCGCACCACCCAGUUGUCGCCCACAGUGCGUUCUCAACUCCGAGUGCGGACCCAACGAAGCGUGCAUCAAUCAAAAGUGUCGCGAUCCUUGCCCUGGCUCCUGUGGCUUUGAAGCUAAGUGUCAUGUUCUCAAUCAUUUGCCCAUUUGCAACUGCAUUGAAGGCUUUACCGGCGAUCCAUUCAUACGCUGCAGCAAGCUUCCAGAGGAGAAGACGCCCGUACACCCUAACGAUCCAUGCAAUCCAAAUCCGUGUGGCCCGAAUGCCGAUUGCUUCAGCGGCGAAUGUCGCUGCCAAAAUAACUAUCAGGGCAAUCCCUUCGAGGGCUGCCGACCGGAAUGCACACUGUCAGCCGAUUGUUCCAGAGACAAGGCGUGCAUGCGCAACAGAUGUGUGGAUCCGUGCCCCGGCACUUGUGGUAACAAUGCCAUUUGCGAGGUGCUCAAUCACAUACCAGUUUGCUCAUGUCAACAAGGAUACGAAGGUGAUCCAUUCACCAUUUGCCGCCCGAAACCAAUCGUUACAGUGCCCGAGGUCAAAGCCUGCUCGCCCACACCAUGUGGAGCUAACAGUCAAUGUCGCGAUAUUAAUGGUCAUGCUGUCUGCUCGUGCCUGGAAGGUUACAUAGGAAGUCCGCCACAAUGUCGACCCGAAUGUGUUGUUUCCAGUGAAUGCUCGGCUUUGCAAGCUUGCGUCAAUAAGAAAUGCGUCGAUCCUUGCGCCGGCGCCUGUGGCAUUGAAGCACGAUGUGAGGUCAUCAAUCACAGUCCCAUCUGCGGUUGUCCACCUGGAACAACUGGUGAUCCGUUCAAGAGCUGUACUGAAAACAUACUGCCCAAGGAGGUCGACACUGAUACACCAGCGCCUAGUGAUCCAUGUGUUCCGACGCCAUGUGGACCCAAUUCCAUAUGCAAGGCAGACGACAAGGGUCCAGUAUGCCAAUGCCUGCCUGAGUUCUUUGGGGCUCCACCCAAUUGUCGUGUCGAGUGCAUCAUUAAUCCUGAUUGCCCCUCCACGCAGGCAUGCAUCAACAACAAGUGUCGCGAUCCCUGUCCCGGUUCCUGUGGUACCAAUUCCGAAUGCCGUGUCAUUGGUCACUCGGUGUCCUGCUCCUGCCCGCCUGGUUUUGCAGGCAAUGCAUUUGUGCAGUGCGUCCAACAACGAGAGGAGCCUCCGAAACCUUGUGAUCCGUCGCCAUGCGGUGCUAACGCCGAGUGCAUCGAACGCAACGGCGCCGCCGCCUGCAGAUGCAUCGAUGAGUACCAGGGCAAUCCCUACGAAGGUUGCCGACCCGAAUGCGUACUCAGCUCAGACUGUCCGACAGACAAGGCGUGCAUACGCAACAAGUGCCAGGAUCCUUGCCCUGGCAUCUGCGGCUCCAAUGCCCAGUGCUAUGCCAUCAAUCACGUGCCCAACUGCGUCUGCAACGAUGGUUAUACUGGAGAUCCAUUCUCCAAUUGCCGACGCUUUGAGCCAGUAACACCAGGACCUGUUGCGGAUCCUUGUAAUCCAUCACCUUGCGGCGCGAACAGCAAAUGCCGCGCUGCUAAUGGCCUAGCCGUAUGUUCCUGCCUGGAGACCUUCAUCGGAGCUCCACCCAAUUGCAAACCAGAAUGCACAGUAAAUGCGGAGUGUCCACAGAACAAGGCGUGCCACAAGUUCCGUUGCGCAAAUCCUUGUGCCGGCAUCUGUGGCAACAAUGCCAAGUGCGAGGUGAUCAAUCACAAUCCUAUUUGUAGUUGCCCUCUGGAAAUGACCGGCGAUCCCUUCGCGCGCUGCUAUCCAGUACCAGAACCACAACCUAAAAAAGAACCUACACAACAAAAUCCUUGCCAACCAUCACCAUGCGGCCUCUAUGCAGAAUGCCGCGUGCGCGGUGAGCAAGCUUCUUGCUCUUGCCUGGCCAACUACAUUGGAGCACCGCCAAAUUGCCGUCCCGAAUGCGUGGUCAACACCGACUGUGCCUCCGAUCGCGCUUGCAUCGCUGAAAAGUGUCGCGAUCCUUGCGAUGGUUCCUGCGGUAUCAACUCUGAAUGUCGCAUACAGAAUCAUCUGGCCAUUUGCACAUGUCGUGCCGCCUUCACUGGCGAUCCAUUUGUCCAGUGUGUGGAAAUUAUCGAACGUGCACCACCACAACCUGACACUCCGGUGGAUCCUUGCGAUCUGCAGCCUUGUGGUGCGAAUGCAGAGUGCCGAGAUGGCAUUUGCAGUUGCCUUACCGAUUACCAGGGUGAUCCGUACACCGGUUGUCGUCCGGAAUGCACGCUGAGCACCGACUGUUCCCCAAAUAAGGCUUGUCUCAACAAGAAGUGUGUUGAUCCCUGCCCCGGUACUUGUGGUCAGAACUCCCAAUGUGACGUGUCCAAUCAUAUACCAAUCUGCAGUUGUCUACAAGGCUAUACGGGCGAUCCAUUUGUCCAUUGCCGUCAAGAGACACCCGUACCUAAGGAUCCAUGCCAGCCAAAUCCAUGUGGACCCAACAGCUUGUGCCAUGUGUCCGCCCAGGGUGCCGUUUGUGCCUGUCAACCAGGCAUGCUUGGAUCACCACCUGCCUGCAAACCAGAAUGUAUUGUCAGCUCAGAGUGCUCGCUGCAAACGGCUUGCAUUCAGAAGAAGUGCGUAGACCCGUGCCCAGGUGCAUGCGGUCAAUUCGCACGCUGCCAGGUCAUCAAUCACAACCCAUCGUGCUCAUGCAACACUGGCUUCACUGGCGAUCCAUUUACACGCUGUUACCAAGAGGAACGCAAACCACAGCCUGUACAACCGGAGCAUCCUUGCGUACCGUCGCCAUGCGGACCCAACUCUGAGUGUAAGGAGCUCAACGGCAAUCCGGCUUGCUCCUGCGCUGCCACAUUUAUUGGCACUCCACCAAACUGCCGACCCGAGUGUACCAUCAAUCCGGAAUGUGCCCCCACCAAAGCAUGCAUACGACAAAAGUGCGCUGAUCCCUGUGUGGGUGCGUGCGGAUUCAAUGCCCGUUGUAAUGUGGCUAAUCAUCAACCCAUCUGCACUUGCGAUGUGGGCUAUACUGGAGAUCCAUUCACCGGCUGUCAACGUGAGCAAGAAAGGAUUGUUAACGAGCAGAUCACCCCCUGUGAACCGAAUCCAUGUGGAUCCAAUGCUGUUUGCCGCGAACAAAAUGGCAUUGGUUCUUGCCAAUGUCUGCCUGAUUACUUUGGGGAUCCCUACCAAUCCUGCCGUCCCGAAUGUGUACGUAACUCCGACUGCCCGACGAACAAAGCAUGCCAGCAGCAAAAGUGUCGCAAUCCAUGCCCUGGCACCUGUGGCACUAAUGCCGAUUGCCGCGUAACCAAUCAUCUGCCCACAUGCAAUUGUCGCAUCGGGUACACCGGCGACCCGUACCGCUACUGCCACCUGGAACCAUCACAACCACCUGCUAUCAAAGAACCCACACAGCCCUGUCGACCAUCGCCGUGUGGUCCCAACUCCCAGUGCCGAGAACUCAAUGGCCAAGCAGUCUGCUCCUGCCUUGAACUCUACAUCGGCUUGCCACCCAAUUGCCGACCCGAGUGUGUCCUUAGCACAGAGUGUCCCACAGAUCAAGCGUGCAUUAGCCAACGCUGUCAGGAUCCGUGCCCUGGCACCUGCGGCAUUAAUGCCGAGUGCCGUGUCCGUAAUCACAGUCCGCUCUGUCAAUGUCGUCGCGGUUUCACGGGCGACGCAUUUACCCGUUGUUAUGUCCUGCCACCCCCCGCACCAUCCGUCCCGCAAAUUCAGCGCGACCCUUGUGUGCCAACGCCUUGCGGACUGAAUAGUCAAUGUCGCAAUGCCCAGGGAGUGCCAUCCUGCUCCUGCUUACCAGAAUACAUUGGCGCACCACCAAACUGCCGUCCCGAGUGUACCAUCAGCGCCGAAUGCGCCUCAAGCAUGGCCUGCAUACGAGAAAAGUGUAUUGAUCCUUGUCCUGGGUCAUGUGGUUUUGCGGCUGAAUGUAAUGUCAUCAAUCAUACGCCUAUUUGUACAUGUCCAACAGGAUUUACGGGUGAUCCGUUUAGCAGUUGUCGCCUGGCGCCACCAGAGCCUGUCCUAAAUGAAUACGUGGAUCGUUGUCAACCGUCACCUUGUGGUCCAAAUGCUCAAUGCAAUGAUGGUAUCUGUACGUGUCUGCCUGAGUUCCAUGGCGAUCCCUACGCCGGUUGUCGUCCAGAAUGCGUACUCAACUCGGACUGUCCACGAGACAAGGGCUGCUCUCGCAGCAAAUGCAUCAAUCCCUGCCCAGGAACUUGCGGCGAAAAUGCCAUCUGUGAUGUCAUCAACCACAUACCAAUGUGUAGAUGCCCAGAUGGUACAGCCGGAAGUGCCUUUAUUCGCUGUUCCCCUGUAACAAAGAUCGUUACCACAAAUCCUUGUCAGCCAUCGCCGUGCGGACCCAACUCUCAAUGCCGCGAAGUUAAUCAGCAAGCUGUUUGUUCCUGCCUGCCCAACUACAUCGGAGCACCACCUACAUGUAGACCCGAGUGCACCUCAAAUGCCGAGUGUGCUCCAACACAGGCAUGUCUCAAUCAACGUUGCGGUGACCCAUGUCCUGGUACUUGUGGCGUCGGCGCCAAUUGCGCUGUAGUCAAUCAUAGUCCCUUCUGUACUUGCCCAGCCCGUUUUACGGGCAAUCCCUUCAUACGUUGCCAACCACAAAUCGAGCCUGUUCAGAACUUAGCACCAAAAGAUCCGUGCCGUCCCUCACCCUGCGGACCAUAUUCACAAUGCCGUGCCAUAGGCGAAGCGCCAGCCUGUUCUUGUCUGGAGACCUUCAUUGGUCGCCCGCCUAACUGUCGACCCGAGUGCGUCACCAGCUCCGACUGCAGCAGUCAGCUGGCCUGCAUCAACCAGAAGUGCGCUGAUCCCUGUCCAGGACGCUGUGGCCUCAAUGCCGAAUGUCGCGUUGUUAGCCAUGCCGUUCAAUGUCUCUGCCAGGAAGGUUAUACAGGAGAUCCAUUUACUCAGUGCAGCCCAGAGAUUGUGCGAGACAUCGAGAUACGCACGCCCUGCAGCCCGAGUCCCUGUGGAUCAAACGCUAUUUGCAGAGAACGCGAUGGAGCUGGUUCCUGCCAAUGCCUCCCCGAAUAUUUCGGCAAUCCCUACGAUGGUUGCCGACCUGAAUGCGUCCUCGAUUCGGACUGUCCGUCGAACCGUGCUUGUCAGCAACAGAAAUGCCAAGAUCCCUGCCCUGGUACAUGUGGACAGAAUGCAAUUUGCCAGGUUGUCAACCAUUUGCCCUCCUGCAAUUGUGUGGCUGGCUACAUUGGUGACCCGUAUCGUAUUUGCACACGGCCAGCUGAACCCAUUACUGUGGAGUAUUCGAAUCCUUGUGAACCUACGCCAUGUGGUCCCAAUUCGCAGUGUCGUGUCGUUAACGAACAAGCGGUGUGCUCGUGUCUUCCCCUGUAUAUAGGCCAACCACCCGCCUGCCGACCCGAAUGUACCAUCUCUUCGGAGUGUGCCGCUGACAAGGCAUGUAUCAAUCAGAAGUGCGUUGAUCCCUGUGUUGCAAACUCAUGUGGCAGCAAUGCUAUUUGCCGUGUACGCAACCACAGUCCGUUAUGUAGUUGCAUCUCUGGUUUUACUGGCGAUGCCUUUACACGUUGCUAUCCCAUUCCACCACCGCCCAUUGAAAGAGAACAGGAACCUCUACGUGAUCCUUGCGUUCCCACACCAUGUGGACCACAUUCCGAAUGCCGCAACAUUAAUGGCGUACCCGCUUGCUCGUGCCUGGUCACGUUCAUCGGUCAAGCGCCCAACUGUCGCCCAGAGUGCACCAUCAACUCGGAGUGUCCUAGUCAACAGGCGUGUAUCAAUCAGAAAUGCCGCGAUCCUUGCCCGGGUGCUUGUGGAAUGAAUGCCCAGUGUAGCGUUAUAAAUCACACUCCGCUUUGUGCUUGCAUAGAGGGUUAUAUUGGCAAUCCCUUCACCUACUGCAAUCCCAGGCCACCAGCACCAACAACACCUCCAGUCAAGGAUGAUCCUUGCAAUCCCUCGCCCUGUGGUGUGAACGCCCUAUGUCGGGACGGUCAAUGCACUUGCUUAGAAGAGUACCAAGGUGAUCCCUUUGUGGGUUGCCGACCCGAAUGUGUGCUGAACACAGAUUGUGCUCAGAAUCGAGCUUGUGUACGCAACAAGUGCAUCGAUCCUUGUCCCGGUACUUGUGGUGUUAAUGCCUUGUGCGAGGUAAACAAUCAUGUGCCCAUCUGCCGUUGCCCCGAUCAAAUGUCAGGCAAUGCAUUCUUUGAAUGUCAUCCUGUUGCUGCCCCACCACCACAAAAUCCUUGCCAGCCUACACCUUGUGGCCCUAAUAGCCAGUGCCGUGUGGUGCAGCAGACAGCGGUUUGUUCUUGCAUGGCAGACUAUGUGGGAAGUCCGCCUCAGUGCCGCCCCGAGUGUGUAGCCAACUCGGAUUGUGCAGCCAAUCAAGCUUGCCAGAAUAUGAAGUGUCGCGACCCGUGUCCAGGAACCUGUGGCUUUAAUGCUCUCUGCAAUGUGGUCAAUCAUGCUCCGUUCUGCAGUUGUCCUUCCGGAAUGUCUGGAAAUCCCUUCGUUCGCUGCCAACAAAAUAUUGAGCCCAUUCGCUACGAACGUCCUCAGAAUCCAUGUCAACCAUCACCAUGUGGCCCUAAUUCUGAGUGUCGCGUCUCAGGUGAUUCUCCGUCCUGUUCCUGCUUGCCUGAUUUCUUAGGUGCACCACCAAAUUGUCGACCGGAAUGCUUGUCCAGCUCAGAGUGUACCACCAGUCAGGCCUGUGUCAAUCAAAAAUGUGUGGAUCCAUGUCCAGGACUCUGUGGGCUAAAUGCUCAUUGUCGUGUCUUCAGUCACACGCCAAUGUGUCUCUGUGAUAGCGGCUUCACGGGAGAUCCUUUUGCCCAAUGCAGUGUCAUUCGAGAUGAACCCAUUGAGGUGUUGCAACCCUGUAAUCCCAGCCCAUGCGGUAUCAAUGCCAAAUGUGAGGAACGUGGUGGAGCUGGGUCCUGUCAGUGCCUGCCCGAACACUUUGGCAAUCCAUACGAGGGCUGUCGACCUGAAUGUGUCGUCAACUCAGAUUGUCCAUCGAAUCGAGCAUGUCAGCAGCAAAAGUGUCUUGAUCCUUGUCCAGGCACAUGUGGCCAGAACGCCGAGUGUCAAGUCAUUAAUCACUUGGCCACCUGCAACUGUUUCAAUGGUUACUCUGGCGAUCCCUAUAGCUAUUGUCGCAUCAUCGAAAAUGCCCCACCGGAACCAGUCUACGUGAAUCCAUGUCAACCAUCACCUUGUGGACCCAAUUCGCGCUGUCGCGAAGUAAACGAACAAGCAGUUUGCACUUGCCUAGUCGAAUUUAUAGGUCAACCACCCGCUUGUCGACCCGAGUGCACCAGUAGCUCGGAAUGUGCCGCUGACAAAGCCUGCGUGAACCGCAAAUGCGUCGAUCCCUGUCCCAAUGUCUGUGGUCAACAGGCUGAAUGCCGAGUGCGGAAUCAUAGUCCAAUCUGUACUUGUUUGAGUGGAUAUACUGGCGAUGCCUUCACUCGUUGUCAUCGCAUUCCUCCGCCACCUGUUGCUCCUAUUGAACGCGAACCUCUUGAUCCUUGUGUACCGUCACCGUGCGGCCCCAACUCACAAUGUCGUGACAUUCGCGGCACUCCUUCGUGCUCCUGUCUUCCCAAUUAUUUGGGCACUCCACCCGCCUGUCGUCCUGAAUGCUCCAUUAAUGCCGAGUGUCCCACUCGUCAUGCGUGCAUUAAUGAAAAGUGUCGCGAUCCUUGCCCGGGCUCCUGCGGUCUCAAUACGCAAUGUAAUGUGAUUAAUCACACACCCACAUGCAGUUGCCUUGUGGGUUAUAUCGGGGAUCCGUUUAUUAUCUGCAAUCCUGAACCACCACAAAGAAUUAAAGCACCACCUGAACCUCAGGAUCCCUGCAAUCCAUCACCAUGUGGUGCCAAUGCUGUUUGUCGUGACGGUCAAUGUUCCUGUAUUCCUGACUACCAGGGUGAUCCCUUCGUAAGCUGUAGACCAGAGUGUGUUCUACACACAGACUGUGCUCGCAACCGUGCGUGUGUGAGUCACAAAUGUGUGGAUCCUUGUCCCGGAACUUGUGCCUCCAAUGCCAUCUGUGAAGUAUUUAACCACAUACCUAAUUGCCGUUGUCCCGAGGGCAUGCAAGGCAACGCCUUUGUUCAGUGCAACCAAGUUCCAAAGCUCGACGUAAUACAGAAUCCCUGCCAGCCAUCGCCAUGUGGUCCCAAUUCACAAUGUCGCGUUGCCAAUCAACAAGCUAUUUGCUCCUGCAUUACACCCUUUAUUGGCAGUCCGCCCUUCUGCCGUCCAGAGUGCACAUCUAACUCUGAGUGUCCCUUGAAUCAGGCGUGUCUGAAUCAAAAGUGUGGAGAUCCUUGUCCUGGUGUUUGCGGCCGCAAUGCCCAAUGUCAUGUGACAAAUCACAGUCCAUUCUGCCGCUGUCUGGAUCGCCAUACGGGCAACCCAUUCAUCAGCUGUCAGCCGAUCAUUGAACCACCAACGCCUCCACCACGUCAGGCCUGUCUACCAUCGCCCUGUGGACCCUACGCCGAAUGUCGUGAGAUUAAUGAAACACCUUCCUGCACCUGCUUACCGGACUAUAGAGGCAUUCCACCUAACUGCCGUCCAGAGUGUGUGACCAGCUCGGAAUGCCCAACGCAUCAAGCGUGUAUUCAACAAAAGUGUCGAGAUCCAUGUCCUGGAUUAUGUGGUCAGUUAGCAGAGUGUCGUGUUCUUUCUCAUACGCCGAGCUGCUACUGCCCCGAGGGCAUGGAGGGUGAUCCAUUCCAACAGUGCGUGGAGAAACGCAUCCAGCAAUUGGAUCAAUUAGAUCCCUGCAAUCCCAGUCCUUGUGGAGCCAAUGCUCGGUGCACGUCUCGCCAGGAUGCAGGCUCGUGCCAAUGUCUUGAAGGUUAUUUUGGUAAUCCAUACGAAGGUUGUCGCCCGGAGUGCGUAAUAGACUCUGACUGUCCCUCGAAUCGUGCAUGCCAGCAACAGAAAUGUCAGGAUCCUUGCCCAGGCACAUGUGGUCUGAAUGCCAUCUGCAAUGUCCUCAACCAUGUUCCAAGCUGCAGCUGUCUAACAGGAUACAGUGGCGAUCCAUACCGCUCGUGUCAAAUUGAACGUGAACCCAUUAAAGAAUAUGUGAAUCCUUGUCAACCUACGCCAUGUGGACCCAACUCCCAAUGCAAAGAAAUCAACCAGCAGGCUGUCUGCUCUUGCUUGCCCGAAUAUAUUGGUGCACCUCCAGCCUGUAGGCCAGAGUGCACAAUUUCUUCGGAAUGCUCAGCAGAUAAGGCCUGUGUUGCCAAAAAGUGUAUUGAUCCUUGCCCAGGUACCUGUGGUGACCAGGCUUUGUGCCGAGUGGUCAAUCACAGUCCCAUUUGCUCGUGUCGGUCUGGUUUCACAGGCGACGCUUUCUAUCGCUGUUUGCCCAUACCCCCGGCGCCACCAGCAAUUAUUGUACAGAAACAACCAAUAGAUCCUUGUGUACCCUCACCAUGCGGCUCAUAUGCCGAGUGUCGACCCCAGGGGGAAGCACCCUCGUGUUCAUGCCUGGCCAAUUAUUUGGGAGUGCCACCUAACUGUCGUCCCGAAUGUCGCAUCAACUCGGAUUGUCCCAGCAGUCAAGCAUGCAUCAAUGAAAAGUGUCGCGAUCCUUGUCCAGGUUCUUGCGGCUUUGGUGCUAUUUGCAAUGUCCUUAAUCAUACGCCCAGUUGUACAUGUCCUGCCGGGUAUACUGGCGAUCCGUUUAGCCACUGUCAGCCUGAGCCACCACCGAAACCUGUGGAAGCUGACGACCCUUGCAAUCCCUCGCCUUGUGGUUCAAAUGCCGUAUGCAAUGCAGGAAUCUGCAGCUGCCUGCCCGACUAUCAAGGAGAUCCUUACAGUGGCUGUCGCCCUGAAUGUCUUAGCAGCUCAGAUUGCCCCAGAGAUCGCGCGUGUGCACAACAUAGAUGCUUCGAUCCCUGCCCAGGCACAUGUGCUCCUAAUGCUUUAUGCAAUGUGAUAAAUCAUGUGCCUAUGUGCACAUGUCCCGAAGGAUUUGCCGGCAACGCUUUCUUACAGUGCCAACCUAUACCACCACCCGUUCUGAUACAGCCCUGUCAGCCCACGCCAUGUGGACCAAACUCACAAUGCCGCGUUGCCAACGAGCAGUCUGUGUGCUCCUGCGUGCCAGGUUACCUUGGCACUCCUCCACUUUGUCGUCCAGAGUGCACCAGUAACUCAGAAUGCUCUUCGCAGCUAGCCUGUGUAAACCAAAAGUGCAUUGAUCCCUGUCCCGGCUCCUGCGGUCGCAGUGCCCAGUGCAGCGUAGUAAAUCAUAAUCCCUUCUGCACGUGCCUUCCGCACUACACUGGAAAUCCCUUCGUGGGCUGCCAGCAGAUCAUCGAACCACCUCAAAAGGAUAUUUUACCUCAGGAUCCGUGCCGACCAUCGCCAUGUGGUGCCAAUGCUGAAUGCCGCUCUACUGGUGAAACCGCCUCUUGCUCGUGUCUACCAGAAUUUGUCGGCUCUCCGCCAUACUGUAAACCAGAAUGUGUUGCUAAUUCGGAAUGUCCCUCAAAUCGUGCUUGCAUCAAUCAAAAGUGUGGCGAUCCUUGUCCCGGGUUGUGUGGAGUCAAUGCUAUUUGUCGCGUUGUUUCCCACACAGCCUUGUGCGCUUGCGAUCCGGGACUCACUGGUGAUCCCUUCACCCAGUGCAAGCCGGUUGAACAAGAUGUUGAAAUCAUCAAUCCUUGCCAGCCAUCACCAUGCGGAGCAAAUGCUGAGUGCACACAACGCAACGGAGCUGGUGCUUGUCAAUGCCUACCAGAAUACUUUGGUAAUCCCUACGAGGGUUGCCGACCGGAAUGUAUAUUAAACUCAGACUGCCCAUCGAACCGUGCCUGCCAGCAGCAAAAGUGUCGCGAUCCCUGCCCUGGCAGUUGUGGACAAAAUGCCGAAUGUAAUGUUGUCAACCAUACACCAAUGUGUUCUUGCUUCGCGGGAUAUGUCGGAGAUCCAUAUAGAUACUGUAACCAGCCCGCAGAACCAAUUGUCUACGAAUAUGUAAAUCCGUGCGCUCCCUCACCCUGUGGCUCGAAUGCUCAGUGCAGGGAAGUGCAAGGUCAAGGUGUUUGCUCUUGCCUGCCCGAAUUUAUGGGUGCCCCACCUAAUUGUCGUCCCGAAUGCACAUCUAGUGCAGAAUGUCCCACGACUAGGGCAUGCAUCAAUCGAAAAUGUAUUGAUCCUUGUCCCGGUGUCUGUGGUCAGGGUGCAAAAUGUCAGGUGCGCAACCAUAGUCCCAUUUGCAUGUGUCCCCUUAAUUUCAUCGGCGAUCCCUUCGUGCGUUGUCUACCCCAACCAACACCGCAACCACCGCUUAGAGAUGUGGAACCCUAUCGAGAUCCCUGCAUACCUUCCCCUUGUGGUCUUUAUGCCACAUGUCGCAAUCAACAAAACCAGGCCAUUUGCGCCUGUCAAUUAAACUAUUAUGGUGCUCCACCUCACUGUAGACCCGAGUGUACUAUAAACGCGGACUGUGCCACUCAUUUGGCCUGUAUGAAUGAAAAGUGUCGCGAUCCUUGCGCCGGCGCUUGUGGUCAACACACCGAAUGCCGUGUUCUCAACCAUACACCCAAUUGCGUUUGCAUACAUGGUUUUGUGGGCAAUGCUUUUGUAGCUUGCCAAGCAGCACCGCCCCCACCUGCGUAUGAGGAACCCAGGGAUCCCUGCAAUCCCAAUCCCUGUGGCAGCAAUGCCAUCUGUUCGGGUCAAGGGCAAUGUACAUGCAUUUCUGAAUAUCAAGGUGAUCCCUACGUCGCAUGCCGUCCCGAAUGUGUAAUAAGCGCAGAGUGUCCACGUAAUCUAGCCUGCGCUCAGCAAAAGUGUGUGGAUCCCUGCCCAGGCACAUGUGGUACGAGCGCAAUCUGCGAAGUGGUUAACCAUAUUGCGAUGUGCCACUGUCCGGAAGGCAUGACUGGCAACGCUUUUGUGUACUGCAGCCCUGUUCAAAUUAAAAUAUAUCAAAAUCCUUGCCAGCCGUCACCAUGUGGCGCCAAUGCCGAGUGUCGCGAACGACAGGGUCAGGCAAUUUGCAGCUGCUUGCCCAAUUAUUAUGGUGUGCCACCUGCUUGUCGACCCGAGUGCACGACCAACUAUGACUGUGACCCAAGUCGCGCUUGCCAAAACCAACGUUGUAUCGAUCCCUGUCCAGGUGCUUGUGGUGCCUAUGCCGAGUGCCGAGCAGUCAGCCACAGUCCUUUCUGUAGCUGUCGCUCGGGCUAUACCGGUAAUCCUUUCAUCCAGUGUCACGUUAUUAUCGAACCCGUGCGAGAUAUUGUACCUCAAGAUCCCUGCCUACCUUCGCCCUGUGGCCCGAAUAGUGAAUGCCGUCGCAUUGGCGAUACUCCAUCCUGUUCCUGUCUUCAGAAUUUCUUUGGAUCACCACCUAACUGCCGACCAGAGUGCUUGACCAAUUCGGAUUGUGUCUCAUCGCGAACAUGCGUCAAUAACCGUUGCCAGGAUCCCUGUCCAGGUCUCUGUGGCAGCGGCGCCGAGUGUCGUGUGCUUAGUCACAGUGCCAUGUGCUUCUGCCAACCUGGCUAUAGUGGAAACCCCUUUGUACUCUGUUCACCCAUUCAACGUGAUCCUCCGGAGGUAAUCCAACCAUGUAAUCCUAAUCCUUGUGGUUCGUUUGCCGAGUGUCGUGAGCGUAAUGGCGUUGGAUCCUGCCAAUGUCUGCCCGAAUACUUUGGCAAUCCCUACGAUGCUUGUCGUCCCGAAUGUGUGCUCGACUCGGACUGCCCAUCAAAUCGAGCGUGUAUGAAUCAAAAAUGCCGCGAUCCAUGCCCUGGAAGUUGCGGUCACAACGCCGAAUGCUAUGUCCGGAACCAUUUACCCACAUGCAACUGUCUGAUCAAUUACGUAGGCGAUCCUUACGUUGCCUGCAAGCGUGAGGAGAAACCCAUUCGUGUGUAUGUUAAUCCUUGCCAACCCUCACCAUGUGGGCCCAAUUCACAGUGCAAGGAACUCAAUGAACAGGCCGUCUGCUCUUGUUUGCCCGAAUAUAUAGGCCAGCCUCCGGGCUGUCGACCUGAGUGUAUUAUCUCUUCGGAGUGUAGCUUUAAUAAGGCCUGUGUACAACACAAGUGCAUUGAUCCCUGCCCUGGCGCUUGUGGUAGCAACGCCCUCUGUCAUGUUGGCAAUCAUGUACCUUUGUGCGCCUGCCAAUUGGGCUAUACAGGAGACCCAUUCACCCGUUGUUAUCCGAUACCUCCCCCGCCAGUACCGCUGCUUGAGGAACCUGUGCGCGAUCCUUGUCGUCCUUCGCCGUGUGGUGCCAAUGCCCAGUGUGAGCAGUCUCAUGGUCAGGCCGUAUGCACCUGCCUAAAGGGGUACUUUGGUGUCCCACCGAGCUGCCGACCCGAAUGCACAACUAGUGCCGAGUGUCUGCCCAGUCUAGCGUGUAUUAAUCAGCGCUGCGUGAACCCCUGUCCCGGUUCCUGUGCCUACAAUGCGCUAUGUACUGUGAGGAAUCACGUCCCCAGCUGCCAGUGUCCUGUUGGGUACGUGGGUGAUCCGUUCACUUACUGUCAGCCUUCACCACCCCAACCCGUACCCAUUGUAAACGACGAUCCUUGCAAUCCCUCUCCCUGUGGACCUAAUGCACAGUGUCACAAGGGUCAGUGCAGCUGCCUGCCCGAGUAUCAAGGUGAUCCCUAUGUGAAUUGCCGUCCAGAGUGUGUUCUCAACGCAGACUGUCCCAGGAAUCGUGCAUGUGUGCAACACAAGUGCGUGGAUCCAUGUUCGGGCACCUGUGCCCCCAAUGCCAUAUGUGAUGUCCUCAAUCACAUUGCCAUGUGUCGUUGUCCCACCGGAAUGACAGGCAAUGCUUUUAUUCAAUGCGAAACCCCAUUGGUACAAUAUUCACCUCCUGUCAACCCUUGUGCACCAUCGCCUUGCGGCCCGAACAGUAGAUGUCGUGUGCUCAAUGAUAACGCCGUUUGCUCAUGUCUGGAGAAUUAUGUAGGAACUCCGCCAAGCUGUCGUCCAGAAUGCACACGCAACUCGGAUUGUCUGCCAAGUCUGGCAUGCCAAGCGCAGCACUGCAUUGAUCCCUGUCCAGGAAGCUGCGGCUUUAAUGCCCAGUGUCAUGUCGUCAAUCAUGCGCCCAUUUGCAGCUGCCCACCACGACACAUUGGUAAUCCGUUUUUGGGAUGCCAACCUGAGCCACCGCAACGAGAUAUAAUCGUGAAGAAGCAGCCCUGCCAACCAUCACCAUGUGGACCGUAUGCCAAUUGCCAUGCUGUAGGACAACAAGCUCAAUGCAACUGCUUCGCUAAUUAUAUUGGAACACCACCAAACUGUCGACCAGAAUGUGUCACAAAUUCGGAGUGUAGUUUUGACAAGGCGUGCGUUAGGCAAAAGUGUGUGGAUCCGUGUCCAGGUUCUUGUGGCGCCAAUGCCAUCUGUCAUGUGCUCAGCCACGUCGCCAUGUGCUAUUGUACAACUGGCUAUACUGGAGAUCCAUUUAGUAACUGCUACCAAACACCCAUUGUACAACAAGAGGAGCCCACUCAACCAUGUCACCCGAAUCCCUGUGGCGCCAAUGCAGAGUGCAGACAAGAGGGCAAUGCCGGCUCUUGUCAGUGUCUGCCUGAAUAUUACGGAAAUCCAUACGAAGCUUGCCGUCCUGAAUGUGUGUCAGAUAGUGACUGCCCCGCAGACAAAUCGUGCCAUCAGCUUAAGUGCCGCGAUCCCUGCCCUGGCGUUUGUGGGCUUAAUGCAGCUUGUAGAGUUUUUAAUCAUCUACCCACUUGCCACUGUUUGAAUGGCUUCUCAGGAGAUCCCUAUCGUUAUUGCCAACUCCCCGAGAAACCUAUUCUCAAGGAGUAUGUAAAUUCGUGUCAACCUUCACCCUGUGGCCCUAACUCCCAAUGCAAACAGCGCAAUGAACAGGCCAUUUGCUCAUGCUUGCCCGAUUAUUUUGGCUCCCCGCCCAAUUGUCGACCCGAAUGUGUCACGAGCGCUGAGUGCGCCCAUGACAAGGCCUGUAUUAAUCAAAAAUGUAGCGAUCCUUGCCCUGGUGUCUGUGGCUCCAAUGCCGAAUGCCGGGUCUACCAUCAUGCUCCCAUUUGCAGUUGUUUGAGGGGAUAUCAAGGCGAUGCAUUCAGCCGCUGUUAUCCUGUACCACCCCCUCCACCUGCCCAGGGCGUGUAUCAAAAUCCAUGCAUUCCGUCACCUUGCGGUCAAAAUGCCGAGUGCCGCGAUAAUCAAGGCACAGCUGUAUGCACGUGUCAACCCAACUACUUUGGUAGUCCACCAAAUUGUCGUCCCGAGUGUACAAUCAAUUCAGAUUGUUCGAGCCAUUUGGCGUGCCAACAACAACGUUGCCGCGAUCCUUGUCCAGGUGCUUGUGGCUUCAAUGCCCAAUGCCAGGUCAUCAAUCAUACGCCAACGUGUCUGUGCGCACCUGGUUUAACAGGCAAUCCAUUUGCCUCCUGCCAAGCCCCACCACCAACGCCUGUCCCUAUCCAUGAUGAAGAUCCUUGCCAACGGGUGCCUUGUGGGCCGAAUGCUAUCUGUCGAAAUGGUCAGUGCAAUUGUCUGCCUGAUUACCAUGGUAAUCCAUCAAUAGGCUGUCGACCCGAAUGCGUAUUGAGCACCGAAUGCGCCUACAGCCUGGCCUGCGUGCGUCAAAAGUGUACUGAUCCAUGUUCGGGUACAUGCGGCACCAAUGCCAUCUGUGAGGUGCACAACCACGUAGCCAUGUGUCAUUGCCCCGAUGGCAUGACAGGCAAUGCCUUUGCCCUGUGUGUGCCAUUGCCACCACCUCCACCGCGUGUUGUCGUCGAUCCUUGCCAGCCCUCGCCUUGUGGGGCCAAUGCCCAUUGCCGCCCAGUAAACGGACAAGCCGUCUGCUCAUGUCUACCCCAAUUUAUUGGUGUGCCGCCUUCAUGUCGAUUCGAAUGCAAUAGUAAUGUGGAAUGUCCAUUGCAUCUGGCAUGUCUACAGCAUCGUUGUCAGGAUCCAUGUCCUGGAGCAUGUGGCUUGAACGCCGAGUGCCAAGUUGUGAAUCACAGUCCCAACUGUCGCUGCAUUACACACUACACUGGAAAUCCCUUCAUUGCCUGCCACCCACAACCACCUCCACCACCUUUGGAAUUAGAUGUGAUAGAUCCAUGCCAGCCUUCUCCAUGUGGAGCCAAUGCCGAGUGCCGCAACAUUGGCAAUAAUGCACAAUGCAGUUGUCUACCAGAUUUUAUCGGAACUCCGCCACAUUGUCGACCAGAAUGUGUGAGCAACGGCGAUUGUCCUACAAAUCUGGCGUGCUUAAAUCAAAAGUGCCGCAAUCCAUGUCCAGGAGUCUGUGGCACUAAUGCCGAGUGCUAUGUUAUUAACCACACUCCCAUGUGCGUCUGUGCCAACGGUCAUGGUGGUAAUCCCUUCGUUAGCUGUCAAGUGAUUCAAGAUGUACAAGAGCCAGUGUCACCAUGUGUACCCAGUCCUUGCGGCGCAAAUGCCAUUUGCAAUGAACAAAAUGGAGCUGGCGCCUGUCAAUGUCUAACCGACUUUUAUGGCAAUCCCUACGAGGGCUGUCGGCCCGAAUGUGUCCUCAACUCUGACUGUCCUAGCCAUUUGGCGUGCUUCAAUCAACACUGUCGCGAUCCCUGUCCAAGUGCAUGUGGCACCAAUGCCAUUUGCCACGUUCGCGAUCAUUUGCCUCAAUGUAAUUGCAUCAAUGGCUACGAGGGUAAUCCCUAUAGUUAUUGCACAGUACAAAGAGAACCUCUGCGUGAUCCCACUCCUCUACAUCCCUGCCAGCCAUCACCUUGUGGUCCCAACUCCCAGUGUCGUGAGACUAAUCAACAAGCAAUCUGCAGCUGCCUGCCCGAUUUUAUUGGUGCUCCACCAGCGUGUCGUCCCGAAUGCACCAUCUCCAGCGAGUGUGCCUUAGAUAAGGCAUGCAACAACCAUCACUGCAUUGAUCCCUGUCCCGGCGUCUGCGGUCAAAAUGCCGCAUGCCGCACCAUUAAUCAUAGUCCCUACUGCAGUUGCCUGCCAGGUUUCACGGGCGACGCUUUCAGCGGUUGUCGUACCAUCCCGCCCGCCAUCAACUAUGAUUAUCCCAAAGACAUAUAUCGCGAUCCUUGUGUGCCUUCACCAUGCGGUGCCUAUGGCCAGUGCCAUGCCCAGAACGGCCAAGCUGUUUGCACAUGCCAGCCGGGCUACUAUGGAGCUCCACCUAACUGUCAGCCAGAGUGCGUAAUCAACUCUGAUUGCGCUUCUCAUUUGGCCUGCUUCAACGAAAAAUGUCGCGAUCCUUGUCCCGGUUCUUGCGGACUCUCGGCUCAGUGCAGCGUCAUCAAUCAUACACCAAUUUGCAGCUGUUCCGUUGGCUAUCAAGGCAAUCCUUUCGUUAGCUGUACACUGAUACCACCCACUCGUGACCCACCAGCUCCACACGACGCCUGCAAUCCAUCACCUUGCGGCUCGAAUUCCAUUUGCAAAAAUGGACAAUGCACUUGCCUACCCGAAUUCCACGGCAAUCCCUAUGUGGGCUGCCGUCCUGAAUGUGUCCUAAAUUCUGAUUGUGCCCGCGACCGUGCUUGCCAGCGUAGCAAGUGCGUUGAUCCUUGCCCCGGUGCCUGUGGUGUUGGUGCUAACUGUACAGUGCGCCAGCAUGUACCUAUGUGUCAUUGCCCCGCCGGUACAUCUGGCAGCGCUUUCGUCCAGUGCGCCCUCAUACAAUCUGACCCUAUCGUGCCUAUCAAUCCCUGUGUUCCUUCACCUUGUGGCAAUAAUGCGCAGUGUCGAAUGGCUAAUGAGCAGGCUGUUUGCUCAUGUCUACCCGGUUAUUACGGCACGCCACCCCAAUGCAGACCCGAGUGCACCAUUAACUCGGAUUGUGCUCCACACUUGGCUUGUCUGAAUCAACACUGUAGGGAUCCUUGCCCAGGUGCCUGCGGUCAGCACGCACUUUGUCAGGUUAUCCGACACACUCCACAUUGUAGCUGCCCCACUGGAUACACGGGCAACGCGUUUGCCCUUUGCCAACAUCUACCACCACCACCUCUCAAACGACAGGACCCUGUGAAUCCCUGUUAUCCAUCACCUUGCGGCCCGAAUGCCCAGUGCACGCCUUCACCGGAUGGAAGCCAAGCGCAAUGCAAAUGCUUCGAGGAUUACAUCGGAACUCCGCCCCACUGUCGUCCCGAGUGUGUGACCUCGGCAGAAUGUCCAAAUCAGUUGGCCUGCUUGCAGCAAAAGUGUCGUGAUCCUUGUCCUGGAAUAUGCGGAGAGGCAGCCACUUGUCAAGUGAUCAGCCAUGUGCCAUCGUGUCUCUGCAUUGCAGAUUACAUUGGAGAUCCCUUCACACGUUGCUAUCCUCGUCCUGCAUUAGAACGAGACCAGCUGAAUCCAUGUGUGCCGAGUCCUUGUGGUAGCAAUGCCGUCUGCCGGCAGCAAGGAAUCGUUGGCGCCUGCCAAUGUCUGCCUGAUUACUACGGCAAUCCCUACGAGGGAUGUCGUCCUGAGUGUGUUCUCAAUUCCGACUGUUCUAGCCACUUGGCGUGCCUCAAUCAGCACUGUCGCGAUCCCUGUCCUGGUAGUUGUGCGUCCAACGCACAAUGUCAAGUAGUUAACCAUGUGCCCAUCUGCAGUUGUUAUUCGGGCUACAAUGGUGAUCCAUAUCGCCACUGUUACCUGCGCCAAGCAGAACCGCUCCCAGCAAUCUAUGUGAACCCUUGUGUGCCCUCGCCUUGCGGUCCUAAUGCCCUGUGCAAGGACUUGCAGGGUCAACCCAUUUGCAGCUGUCUACCCGAUUACUUUGGCACUCCACCCGCCUGUCGACCAGAAUGCACCAGUAAUGCCGAGUGUCCCCAUGACAAAGCCUGCAUCCAACUCAAGUGUCGCGAUCCCUGUCCUGGCGCAUGUGGCUACAAUGCCAUCUGUCAGCCCCUACAUCAUCGCGCCCAUUGUUCAUGCCAACCCGGUUAUACGGGCAACGCAUUGGUGCGUUGCCUACCAGUACAAACGCCAAUACCUCAGCGUGAACCCUAUCGCAAUCCUUGCGUGCCAUCUCCCUGCGGAUCUUAUGCUCAAUGUCGAGUGACAAAUAAUCAUGCAAUCUGUAGCUGUCUGUCUGAGUAUUAUGGCACACCCCCACAUUGCCAACCCGAGUGUACUCUCAAUUCUGAUUGUCCAUCACAUCGUGCCUGCAUCAAUGAGAAGUGUAUUGACCCAUGCCCAGGUGCUUGUGGUCUGAAUGCGCAGUGCCAUGUGCUCAACCAUGUGCCCAGUUGUUCGUGUCCGAACGGCUAUCAGGGUGACCCAUUCCAUCGCUGUUACCCUACACCGAUUGCUCAAAGUCCACCAGCAACUCCAAUUGCUGAUGAUGCUUGUCAGCCUUCUCCCUGUGGUGUCAAUGCCCAGUGUGCUGUUGGUGGCAUCUGCAGUUGCUUGCCACUGUAUCAGGGCGACCCCUAUGUGGGUUGUCGUCCCGAAUGCGUGUUGAGCACAGAGUGUACACGCGAUCGAUCCUGUGUACAGAAUCGUUGCAUAGAUCCGUGUCCAGGCACCUGCGGCUUCUCCGCCAUAUGUGAGGUACACAAUCAUGUGGCGAUGUGCCAUUGUCCCGCUGGCAUGCAGGGCAAUCCAUUUGUGCUCUGUCAGCCAGUGCCACAUGCAAUUACCGACCCAGUAAGAACGCCGCCUCUGCCUUGUCAGCCUUCCCCGUGUGGAAGCAAUGCGCAUUGCCGGGCUGCAGGAAAUCAAGCAAUCUGUAGCUGCUUGCCAGGUUACUACGGCAGUCCUCCUGCCUGUCGACCAGAGUGUACCACCGACUUCGAGUGCUCUCUUAGUCUGGCUUGUGUCAAUCAACGCUGUGCAGAUCCUUGUCCUGGUGUCUGCGGCCAUCAGGCGGUGUGUAAUGUAGUCAAUCAUAGGCCGCAAUGUGUUUGCCCUGUCGGCUACACGGGCAGCCCCUAUACCCAGUGUCAACCUAUUAGACCUACACCAAUUCCAGCGCCGAUUUCAGUUUCAACUCCUAAUGUGGUUCCUAUUCAAAGCGAACCUCUCGAUCCGUGCUUGCCCACACCGUGUGGACCGCACUCUCAGUGCAGCAAUCAACAGGGCGUCGCCAUUUGUCGCUGUGAGAUAGAGCAUGUGGGCGUGCCACCUUACUGCCGCCCAGAGUGCAUAUCCAACAGCGAUUGUCCCAGUGAUCGUGCUUGCAUUAAUCGCAAGUGCCGUGAUCCGUGCCCUGGUCUUUGCGGUUUCAAUGCCAUCUGCCGCACCAGCAACCAUCAGCCAAACUGUGUGUGCGCGUCAGGUUUGAUUGGUAAUCCAUUCACCUCGUGCCAAAUACCUCCACCCUCUGCUCCAUCUCCCAAACCCGCACCAGCCAUAAUUGCUAUACAGAGACCGCAAUUUGAGGAGCCACCAAUAAACCCAUGCGAGCCAAAUCCUUGUGGUGCCAAUGCACUAUGUACUCAACACGGCACCGUAGGCUCCUGCAUUUGUUUGCCCGAUUAUUAUGGAAAUCCCUAUGAAGCCUGUCGACCUGAAUGCAUUCUUAAUAGCGAUUGUCCCUCACACAGAGCAUGUGUGCAGCUAAAAUGUCGCGACCCUUGUCCCGGUUCUUGUGGGCUCAAUGCAGAGUGUCGUGUAGUAGAUCAUCUACCACAUUGCAACUGCUACAAUGGUUACACGGGAAAUCCCCUCAGCCAUUGCGUGCCCACUUCUCAACCUGCGCAACAAUCACCCAUAGUAUACCCACAUCCUUGCAACCCCUCUCCUUGUGGCGAAAAUGCACACUGUCGCGAAAACAAUGAGCAAGCCAUUUGCUCUUGCCUUCCUGAUUUCUAUGGUAGCCCGCCAUUCUGUCGACCAGAGUGCACAAUGAACUCAGAGUGUCCCUUAGAUAAGGCCUGUGUGCAGCACAGAUGCAUCGAUCCUUGCCCAGGAGUAUGUGGCACUAAUGCUGAGUGUCGUGUCCAUUAUCAUAAUCCUAUUUGCUACUGCGUACCUACGCAGACUGGCAAUCCCUUCACCAGAUGCUACGAGAAUCCACAACCCAUACAUGUUCGGCCUCCCAUAUAUGAUACUCCAGCACCACCCUACCCGAUUGCCAUACCAGGCGUUGUUUACAUUCCUUCAGAGCCACAGCCGGCGCCUCCAACCUAUCAACCUACAUUGUACACAACCUAUCCUACUCCAGCCACAUCCCAACCAAAACCAGGAGUAAUAAAUAUUCCGUCCAUACCGGAACCCUCUCUACCAUCACCGAACUAUGAUGAUCACUACGCUAUACAGCGUCCACAACCAAUUCCGGGAGUGAUUAAUGUUCCCUCGGUGUUGCCGCCUGAUCGUCCGACAUCAACACCACCUCCUACUUAUAUAUCAUCGCCAAAUCAAGCUACACCAGAACCACAACCAGGAGUUAUCAAUAUUCCAUCAGCACCACAGCCAACUUAUUCAUCACCCCAUCCUGGAGUUCUGAACAUUCCAUCAGUGCCACAAUCACAGCCGACCGCACCACAGCCUCCACAAAAUAUUCCAAGCUAUCCGACAACUUCAACUCCAGUAACACAGCCUGGUGUAAUCAAUAUACCAUCGGCACCACAGCCAUCGUAUCCUCCACCUCAACCUGGAGUUAUAAACAUCCCGUCCGUUUCACAACCACAGCCUCCAGUCCCUCAACCUCCCAUAUUUGUGCCAUCUCCAGAGACCACGACGACUCAUCCUCAGCCUGAUGUAAUCAAUAUUCCAUCAGUACCUCAACCGACAUAUCCUCCAACAACUCCGCCACCGCGGCCUGCUAUAUAUGAUGUAUAUUACCCGCCACCACCACAAAUACCCGGAGUCAUAAAUAUACCAUCUCUACCACGACCGACUUAUCCAACACCUCAAGCUCCGGUGUAUAUUCCGACCCCACCACAGCCAACACCUGCUCCACUGCCAGGUGUAAUAAAUAUACCAUCAGUAUCACAACCUCAACCACCUGCACCAAAACCUCCAAUAUAUAUUCCAGCCUAUCCGUCGACUUCAACGCCAGCACCCCACCCAGGCGUUAUCAACGUCCCAUCUCACCCACAACAGGUGUCUCCUGCACCACAACCUCCGCUUUACAUCCCCUCUCAUCAAUCAACAACGACACCUAUUCCGUUGCCUGGUGUUAUAAAUAUACCAUCUCUACCGCAACCAUCUUAUCCAACACAACAACCACCAGUGCUUAAUGUGAAUUAUCCAACCACAUCACAGCCACCUAGGCAACCAGGCGUAAUCAACAUUCCCUCAGUGCCAGCACCACAACCUCCUGCACCACAACCGCCGCUAUAUAUUCCAUCUCCUCCAGCAACAUAUACACCAACCCUACAACCUGGUGUUGUCAAUAUCCCAUCUGUACCACAACCAUCUUAUCCAACACCACAACCUCCAGAGUAUGAUGUGAACUACCCAACGCCACAACCGCAACCAACUUAUAAGCCAAGCGUUGUUAAUAUUCCUUCGUAUCCAGUGGUAGUGGUGUCGCCUGCAACGCAGCCACCAAUAACCUAUCCACAAUAUUCCACAACACCACCACCAAGGCCGGGCGUAAUUAAUAUACCUUCCCCACCACAACCUCAGCCACAGCCAUCGUAUCCAACUUAUCAACCAUCGGUUCCAAAACCACAACCAAUUCCUGGCAUCAUCAACAUUCCAUCCACAGAAGAGACAACAACAACACCAAAACCUAUUCAUCCCAUUUAUAAUGUGGCUACUCCAAAUCCAGAGAUUAAUCCCUGCUAUCCUUCCCCCUGUGGUCCUUACUCGCAAUGUCACAAUCGCUUUGGAAUCGCCGCUUGUAUUUGCCUGCCCAAUUACAGUGGCACUCCACCCAAUUGUCGUCCUGAAUGCAUUGUCAACUCCGAUUGUCCCGCACACUUGGCGUGCAUGAAUGAAAAGUGUCGCGAUCCAUGCCCUGGUUCAUGUGCAUACAAUGCCAUUUGCCGAGUAUACAAUCACGUUCCGAAUUGCUUCUGUUCCCCUGGAGAAACCGGUGAUCCAUUCGUGUCGUGUCGCAGGAUUCCUCCAGUUAUUAAGGAAAAUGACAAGCCCAUAGCAAAGGAUCCAUGUUAUCCAUCACCUUGUGGAGCCAACGCUAUUUGCAAAAAUGGAAUUUGCAGUUGUAUCGCUGAAUACCAUGGCAAUCCCUAUAUUGGCUGCCGCCCUGAAUGCGUCCUCAAUACAGAUUGUGCGAAAGAUAAGACUUGCAGAAGGCAAAAAUGUGAAGAUCCCUGUCCAGGCACAUGUGGACUCAAUGCUCUUUGCAAUGUUUACAAUCAUAUACCGAGCUGCUCGUGCCCGACACAUAUGCAAGGAAAUGCGUUCAUCCGCUGUGAUGCUAUUCCAACUCCUUUACCCACACAACAGCCACCACUUAGAGUGACAACAUAUCCAACCGCUGUACCCACAACACCGACAAAUCUACCGGCUAUGGUGCCACCGCAAAAGCCCAUUAAUCCUUGCCAGCCCUCACCCUGCGGACCCAAUGCUCAAUGCCGUCCGCAUCAAGAGCAGGCCAUAUGCUACUGUUUGCCAGGCUACUUGGGUAUACCGCCUUCCUGCCAUCCAGAGUGCAGCAGUAACUCAGAUUGUCCUCUCGACAAAUACUGCUUGAAUAUGAGAUGUAGUGAUCCAUGUCCAGGUGCCUGUGGCUUCCGUGCCAUUUGUCAUGUUCAAAAUCACAGUCCCAUCUGCCUAUGCCCGCCUUCGUUGACGGGUAAUCCUCUAUCGGCUUGUCAAGUUAUAGUUGUAGCACCGCCAGUCAGAUAUCCCAUUGCAGUGAAUCCCUGUCAGCCCUCACCCUGCGGUCCCUACUCAGAGUGUGAGGCCACUGCACAGGGCGCUCGUUGCUCAUGUCUCCGAGACUUCAUUGGUACUCCACCGCACUGCCAACCCGAAUGCAUAAGCAGCGCCGACUGUCCCAGCGACAAGGCCUGUGUGAACCGCAAGUGCAUUGACCCUUGUCCGGGCAGUUGUGGUCAACAUGCCUUAUGUCGUGUUGUGGCCCACAGUCCAUUCUGCUAUUGCCCUGUGGGUUUGGUAGGCGAUGGACGAAACGCUUGUGUCGCCAUGAAAGCACCACCAGUGGUGCCCUGUCAACCCAAUCCGUGUGGUAUCAAUGCCAUUUGCCAGCCGCAACGCGACUUGAGCAUUUGCCAAUGCCUGCCGGAUUACAUUGGCAAUCCCUACGAGAUAUGUCGACCCGAAUGUACUCAUAACUCGGAUUGCAGUAGCGAUCGUGCCUGCGUGCGAGAAAAGUGUCAAGAUCCCUGCCCUGGUGUGUGUGGCAUCAAUGCCCAUUGCCAGACAAUUAAUCACAAUCCUAUGUGUGAAUGCCUACCACAGCAUGUGGGCAAUCCAUAUCACAGUUGCCGUUUUGUGCAGCAAGAACCAACGCCCCCUGUUUAUGUGAAUCCCUGUGAGCCGUCACCUUGUGGCGCGAACUCCCAGUGCCGCGAGUCUCAGGGUCAAGCCAUUUGCAGCUGUCUGCCCGAAUUUAUCGGCACACCUCCAGCCUGUCGUCCCGAAUGCGUUAUCAGUGCCGAGUGUCCUUCGGAUAAGGCGUGCAUCAAACAGAAGUGCAUCGAUCCCUGCCCUGGCGUCUGUGGACUGAAUGCCGAAUGCCAUGUGCGCAAUCAUAGUCCAUUGUGCUCUUGCAGACUUGACUACACUGGAAAUGCCUUUAUUCGUUGCCAGCCACUGCCACCGCCGCCACCACCCGAGAAACUCCCAACGCGCAACAUGCCAUGUGUGCCUUCGCCCUGCGGACCCAACUCCCAAUGUCGCGAGGUCAACGGUGGUGCUAGCUGCAGCUGUCUGCCCAACUACAUUGGUGCUGCACCUAAUUGUCGACCCGAAUGCUCCAUUAAUGCCGAGUGUGCCAGUAACUUGGCGUGCAUUAAUGAGAAGUGUCGCGAUCCUUGUCCCGGAUCUUGUGGAUUUGCAGCCCAAUGCAACGUCGUCAACCAUAUACCCAGUUGCUCAUGCCCCGCCGAUCACACGGGUGAUCCCUUCAACAGCUGCCGCCGCUUACCGCCUACUCCACCGCCAGCACCCACACCAACAGAUCUUUGCAACCCUUCGCCCUGCGGCUUCAAUACCCAGUGCCGAGAAGGUGUUUGCUCUUGCCUGCCCGAAUAUCAAGGUGAUCCAUACAUCGGUUGUCGCCCCGAGUGUGUCUUGAACUCGGAAUGUCCUCGAGAUCGUGCCUGCGUGCGAAACAAGUGUAUGGAUCCCUGUCCAGGCACCUGUGCUCAGAAUGCUCUAUGCGAUGCCAUCAAUCAUAUUGCCAUGUGCCGUUGUCCUGAGCGCAUGACUGGCAACGCCUUCGUUUCCUGCACUCCAAUCCGUGAUGAGUUGCCUGUCAAUCCCUGCCAGCCAUCACCAUGUGGCGCCAACGCCCAGUGUAUUGAACGUGGAGGAGCUGCCAUAUGCUCAUGCAUCAUCGGUUACUUUGGACAGCCACCCAACUGCCGCCUGGAGUGCUAUAGCAGCUCUGACUGCUCUCAACAGCAUGCGUGCAUUAACAACAAAUGUGUUGAUCCUUGCCCAGGACAAUGUGGACUGAACGCUGUCUGCCAAGUAGUUCAGCAUCGUGCCCACUGCGAGUGUAUAGCUGGUUUUACGGGCAAUGCCUACCAACAGUGCCGACUGCCUGAGAUAAAACAGAAGAAGGAUGAUCCUUGCAAUCCAUCGCCAUGUGGUCCUAACUCACUAUGCACCAAUGUGCAGAAUCAAGCCCGUUGUACGUGCUUGGAUGAGUUCCAGGGUACUCCUCCCAACUGCCGACCCGAGUGUUCCAACAACGAUGAGUGCGCCUAUAAUUUGGCCUGCAUGAAUCAGAAAUGUCGCGAUCCCUGUCCUGGCAGCUGUGGCCAUAAUGCCCAGUGCCUGGUGACCCUGCACACACCAAACUGUCAUUGUCCGUCAGGCAUGACAGGUGAUCCAUUCAGACUCUGUUCACCUAUUCCCCCCAAUAUACCACCACCAAUUCCUGACCCCAAGAAUCCGUGCGAACCAUCGCCUUGUGGCAGCAACACUUUGUGUCGCUUGCGCGGUCAAAGCUACGUGUGCGAAUGCAUCCAGGAAUACAUUGGUAAUCCCUACGAGGGAUGCCGUCCUGAAUGUGUCGGCAACUCCGAAUGCCCUGCAAAUCGUGCCUGUAUCCGUAACAAAUGUGCUGAUCCGUGCCCCGGAACCUGCGGUCUAGAGGCUUUCUGCAAUGUCAACAACCACAUUCCCGUGUGUUCUUGCCCAACGGGUUACACGGGUAACGCCUUUGUGCAGUGCACGCGCAUUGUGACACCGCCACCGCCAUCAGAUCCUUGCUAUCCCUCGCCAUGUGGACUAAACUCUGUGUGCCGUGUGCAGCGUGAUCAGGCUGUCUGUGAAUGUCUGCCCGGUUUCUUUGGAAAUCCAUUGACGCAGGGAUGUCGUCCGGAGUGCACACUUAGCUCGGACUGUGCCAAGGAUCGCGCCUGUGUGAACUCCAAGUGCGUGGAUCCCUGUCCAGGAGUCUGCGGCUAUGGCGCAACCUGCCAGACCAUCAAUCACAGUCCCAUCUGCAGUUGCCCCGAUAAGAUGAUCGGUAAUCCGUUUGUGCAAUGUGAAAUGUCGCGUGAAGUGGAACCCAUUGAUCCUUGCCAGCCAUCACCGUGUCGCAGCAAUGGCAUUUGUCGUGUCCAUAAUGGAGGUGCCACCUGCAGCUAUCCCGAAUGUGUGACCAAUGAGGACUGCUCCAGGGAUCGCGCUUGUGUUACACAGAAAUGUCGCGAUCCUUGCCAGAAUGCCUGCGGUCUCAAUGCCAUUUGUCGCACUAUUAAUCACAAGGCUGUCUGCAGUUGUCCACCUGAAUUCUAUGGUUCACCGUACGCUCAGUGUGUUCGCGAAGUGGCGAAGCCACCACCACCAAAACCGGAAUGUAUCACCGAUUCAGAGUGCAGCAAUGACAAAGCAUGCAUCAAUCAAGUGUGUCGCAAUCCUUGCGAACAAUCGAAUAUCUGCGCCCAACAAGCACGUUGCCAUGUCCAACUCCAUCGCCCGCUCUGCGUCUGCAACGAAGGAUAUACUGGCAAUGCUCUUCAACAUUGCUAUCUUCUAGGAUGCCGUUCCGAUGGCGAAUGUGCGCCCACCGAGGCCUGCAUCAAUGAGAAGUGCGUGGAUCCUUGUAGUUUCACACAAUGUGGCAUUGGUGCUAUCUGUCGGGCCGAUUUCAAUCAUCGCGCACGCUGCCACUGCCAAGAUAAUUAUCGCGGAAAUCCUUUGGUACGCUGCGAGCGUCCUGAAUGCCGUAGCGAUGAUGAGUGUGCAUUCCACUUGGCCUGCCGCAAUGAACGCUGCGAAGAUCCCUGCAAUUGCGGCAUUGGCGCACAGUGUCGCGUCGAUAACCAUCGUGCUCAAUGUCGCUGUCCUGCCGGCUAUAGUGGAAAUCCUGCCGUCCGCUGCGACUUGGUACCUGUUCAACCCGAGGGUUGUACCAUGGAUGCCGAAUGUCCCAGCAAACUGGCCUGCUUCAAUGGCGAAUGCAAGAAUCCUUGUGAUGUUACGCAUCCUUGCGGUGCCAAUGCCAUCUGUGAGGUCGUUGACACUCUACCCCUGCGUACUAUGAUCUGUCGCUGCGAACCUGGUUAUGUGGGUGAUGCUGACAUUGGAUGUCGCAAAGAACCCGCACGCGACCAUGGUUGUGUAUCGCACGAUCAGUGCCAGGAUACGGAGGCUUGCCGUGGAGGCAAUUGUGUCAACCCCUGCUUGGAUGCAUCACCUUGUGCUCGUACAGCACAAUGCUUGGCCCAGCAACAUCGUGCCAUCUGCACCUGUCCACAGGGCACUCAAGGCGAUCCCUUCACUAACUGUUAUCAGCCACCGCCAAUCACAUCUGGAUGCAAACACGACUCAGAGUGCACACCAACGACAGCUUGUAUCAAUCAACGUUGCCAAGAUCCUUGCGCCGAGGCCAAUCCAUGUGCCGGUAAUGCCGAAUGUCGUGUCCAAAACUCUCGACCUAUUUGCUUCUGUCCUUCUGGAUGGGGAGGUGAUCCACAAGUUCAAUGCUUCAAACCUGAGUGUAAGAUUAAUGCGGACUGUCCUUACGAUAAGGCCUGCCUCAAUGAAAACUGUGUCAAUCCGUGCACCCACGGUCAAGUACGUUGUGGCACCGGAGCCGAAUGUCUGCCUCAGAACCACCAGGCAGUCUGCAAGUGUCCAGCUGGCACCCAGGGAAGUCCCUUCGUCGCCUGUAUCACGGGACAUUGCCAGUACAAUGAAGAUUGUGCCGAUCAAGAGGCAUGCGAUCGCUUGAAUCGCGUCUGUCGACCAGUUUGCGAGCAAGAUACCUGUGCCGUGAAUGCCAUUUGCCAGGGUCGUCGCCACCAGCCGCAGUGUGAAUGCCGAGCUGGCUUCCAAGGUAAUCCUCUGGUACAGUGCGAGCUGCCAAAACGUGAGCCCAAACCUGAGUGUACCCAAGACGCGGAAUGUCCGUCGAAACUGGCUUGCAUCAAUCAACGCUGCGCCGAUCCUUGUGCUACGCCCCAUGUAUGCAGUCCACAGCAAAGCUGCGCCGUUCUAGACACAUUACCAUUGCGUACUAUGAUCUGCAAAUGUCCCAGUGAUACGGUAUCUGAUAAUUCCGGCAAUUGUGUACCCAUCCAAGCGGUUACCGUACCUGGUGGCUGCCAACACAACGCCGAAUGCGCCAGUUCAGAGGUCUGCCUCCAUGGCAGUUGCCUGGAUGCUUGCCGCCUGGAACGCUGCGGUGUUAAUGCUCAGUGCAGUGCACGUGAUCACUAUGCACAAUGCAGUUGUCCACCUGGCUACCAAGGUAACCCACGUAUCGAAUGCUACACCAAGGAAAUUGAUCUGCCCAGAGUUCCUGGAGCCGAGUGUACACGCAAUGAUGACUGCCCACGUGACAAGAAUUGCAUUAACGAACGCUGUGUGAAUCCAUGUACGGCCGACGCUUGCGGCACUGGCGCCUACUGUCAUGUGCAGGAACGCGCUGCCAUCUGCCGCUGCCCGCCAGACUACACUGGAGAUCCCCGCAUACGCUGUCUACCUCCUUCGGAUGUCAUCACCGUUGGUUGCAAGUCUAGCUCAGAUUGUCCCGCCACAGAGGCGUGCAUCAACGCGCAAUGCAUCAAUCCAUGCAAUUGUGGACCCCAUGCCGAGUGCAUCGUGAAGAAUCAUCAUCCCAUCUGCUACUGUCAACCUGGAUUCUCCGGUAACGCCCAGUUCGGUUGUGCUCCAAUUGGCUGCCAAUCGGACGAUGAGUGUGCCGGCGACAAACAAUGCGUAAACCGUGAAUGUCUGAACCCAUGUCUCGUCUCUGAUCCAUGUGCGCUGAAUGCCGAGUGUUACGGAAGAAAUCAUCGUGCCAGUUGCCGCUGCCCCGUCGGACUUGAGGGUGAUCCAUUUGUACGUUGCCUGCGAUUAGAAUGCCACUCAGAUUACGACUGUGCAUCCAACCAGGCCUGCGUGAGCAACCAGUGUGUGAAUCCCUGCGCCCAGAGCCCUUGCGCUCAGAAUGCUAUCUGCCAGGCGCUGCAACAUCGCGCCGUUUGCCGCUGUCCCGAUCAGCUGCCGCUAGGCGAUCCUUAUGCCUUCUGCGAACCACGUCCUGUGGAACCAAUCUGUCGCAACGAUGGUGAUUGCCCCAGCCGAUUGGCUUGCAUCGAUGCCAAGUGCCAGAAUCCUUGCACUGAACUCUCGCCAUGCGCACGCAGCGCUCACUGCAGCGUGCUCGACAGUGUCCCCGUGCGCACGAUGGUCUGCGAAUGUCCUGAAUCUCAGGUACCAGAUGCCAGCGACGAAUGUCGUCAGCUGGUGCUGCCAAGUCCACCCGGAUGCGAGAGCGAUCUAGACUGUGGCGAUCAAGAGGCGUGCGUAAAUCGCCAGUGCCGCAAUCCCUGCAAUUGUGGCACCAACGCCAUUUGCCAGGUGCAACAGCAUCGUGCCGUGUGCAGCUGCCAGGAUGGAUUCGAGGGUAAUCCAUAUGCUGCUUGUCGCUCUAUUGGAUGCCGUGUCGAUGGCGAAUGUGACUCCGGCAAAGCAUGCAUCAAUGGCAACUGUAUCAAUCCCUGUCUACUCAACAAUCCAUGUGGUCCCAAUGCCGAAUGCUACGUUCAAUCGAGUCACGCUCAAUGUCGCUGUCUCAGCGGCUAUCGUGGUAAUCCUUACGAACGUUGCCGUGUCAUCGGUUGCAGUAGCAAUAACGACUGCCCCACCGACAAGACCUGUCAGAAUGAACAGUGUGUCAAUCCUUGUGUCUACAACAAUAUCUGUGCCCCGCGUGCCGAGUGUCGUCCACAAAACCACUUGGCUGUUUGCCGCUGUCCCGCUGACUUUUUGGGUAAUCCCUAUGUGGACUGCCGACCACAGCCGCAACCUGUCUGCAAACUGGACACUGAUUGUCCCGCCCGACUGGCCUGCAUCAAUGAACAAUGCGUUGAUCCCUGUCUAGCUUUGGAACCUUGUCAACGACCAUCUCAGUGCCAGGUGACACCAACCACUCCAGUGCGAACCAUGAUCUGUAUUUGCCCCGAUGGCUACAUUAGCAGCGGAAGCGGCAGCUGCAAACCCACAACAAGCAUUGUCAAGGUUGGCGGCUGUAUCUCGGAUAGCGAUUGUUCUGCAGACAAAUCCUGUGUGAAUGGCAUUUGCCGAGAUCCCUGCAACUGUGGACUGAACGCUGAGUGUCGCAUCAAGGACCAUAAGCCAGUAUGUACUUGUCGCCAGGGCUACGAGGGUAAUCCCGAGUUCGAGUGCGCAAAGAUCGAGUGCAGCAUCAACUCCGAAUGCCCGGCUACACAUACAUGCCGCAAUCAGCUCUGUGUGCCUGCCUGCCAAGGCGAGCAAUGUGGUGCCAAUGCCGAGUGCCUCGCCAUCAAUCAUCGUGCCGUCUGUGAGUGUGCCCCAGGACAUGGAGGCAAUGCCCGUUUCGGCUGCACGCCACUUGGCUGUCGCACCGACGACGAAUGUCCCACAGACAAGGCCUGCGUCAACGGCAAAUGCGCCAAUCCUUGCGAAACUACCGCCAUCUGUGGCCGCGAUGAAGACUGCAAGGUCUAUCAGCACAGACCCCAAUGCGCCUGCCCGCCCGGCACUGUGCCCGGACGUAAUGGAUGCGAACAGGAACGUGUGGUGCCCAUUUGCAUCAGUGACAGCGAUUGUCCCACCCAACGUGCUUGCCUCCAUGGCGAAUGCAUCAAUCCCUGCAAUGCAACCCAACCGUGCGGCGUCAAUGCCGAGUGCCGUGUCCUUGACACGUUGCCCGUACGUACCAUGAUCUGCGAGUGUCUCGAAGGUUAUACUGGCAAUGCGGCCGUGCAAUGCGACAAACGUUCUCUGUGUGUCAUCGAGAAGGGCUUCGUGCGCGACGUGGAUGGCCAAUGCGUCUGUCCACCUGGCAGCGCCCUCGACAUCUAUGAGUACUGCACCCCGUGCCUCGUGGAGCAAGGAUAUCGCAUUGAUGAGAGCGGACAUUGCGUCUGCGCUCUGGAGCGUGGCAUGGUGAUUGAUGAACGUGGCCGUUGUACUUGCCCCAUUGAGUUGGGCUAUCGUUUGACCCCUCUGGGCGAAUGUCUACCCGUGGAGCAACCAGAGUGCACUACCAACGAGCAGUGCGCCGACAAUCGCUUCUGCAAUCCAGAGACUAAGACCUGCGAAGAUCCUUGCCUAACCAAGACCUGCGGCAUUAAUGCGUUCUGCAACGCAGUCAACCAUCGUGCCCAGUGCCAAUGUAUCACCGGCUACACGGGUAAUCCGGAACUUCACUGCAAUCAUACCAACUUCCGUACAGACUUCCCACGUCCCGAUAUGGUUGUCAGCUGUUUGGCUGAUGGUGUUCAGGUGGAGAUCCACAUCACAGAGCCUGGUUUCAAUGGUGUGCUUUAUGUGAAGGGACACAGCAAAAACGAGGAGUGCCGUCGCGUCGUCAAUUUGGCCGGUGAGACGGUGCCACGCACCGAAAUCUUCCGCGUUAACUUCGGUAGCUGCGGUAUGCAGGCCGUCAAGGAUGUGGCGAGCUUUGUCCUGGUUAUACAGAAGCAUCCCAAGUUGGUCACCUACAAGGCACAGGCCUACAACAUCAAGUGUGUCUACCAGACGGGCGAAAAGAACGUCACGCUGGGCUUCAAUGUCUCCAUGCUGACAACUGCCGGAACUAUUGCAAAUACUGGACCUCCGCCAAUCUGUCAGAUGCGCAUCAUAACCAAUGAGGGUGAAGAGAUCAACUCUGCAGAGAUUGGCGAACAUUUGCGCCUGCAAGUGGACGUCGAGCCAGCCACUAUUUAUGGUGGAUUUGCUCGCUCCUGUAUCGCCAAGACAAUGGAGGAUAACGUACAAAACGAGUAUCUGGUCACUGACGAGAAUGGCUGUGCCACAGACACCAGCAUCUUUGGCAACUGGGAGUACAACCCCGACACAAACAGCCUGCUGGCCAGCUUCAAUGCCUUCAAAUUCCCCUCCAGCGAUAAUAUACGCUUCCAGUGCAACAUACGCGUUUGCUUCGGCAAAUGUCAGCCAGUCAAUUGUGGUGGCUAUAAUGCCUUUGGACGACGUCGUCGCUCCAUUGCCGAUAACUCCACAGAUUCGACGGCGAUUGCAACCAGUUCUGGAGUGGAGGGUCAAUUGCGCGAAGAAAUUACCAUUUCAUCCAAUGCUAUAUUGACAUUCGAGAAGCGCAACGGACCUGGUCUCAACGAUGCCAACAUCAAACCGGCUGCUCAGCGCGUUGAGGAUAUUUGUGUAUCGAUGGUGGGUUUGAUUAUUGCUCUGGUCAUAACGGCGCUGUUGGCUCUUGUCGCCGUCGCCGUUGCGGUGUCCUGCUGGCUGAUGGCCUACAGAAGACGUCCCAAGACGUUGGCACCAUUGCCGCACCCGCCAGAGUUCCCCAACCCCCUGUUUGCCAAUCCGGACGCUGCGCCGGAACCAACACCUGACUACAUUUCCUAAACACGUAAUGUAACAACAAAAAACUAGAAAGAACGAACAAUAACAAAUGAAACACUAGCUAUAAUUUUAGACAUUAAAACACAUAAAAGAUAGAAAUGAUAUUUGAGAAGCUCGUGCAAAAAAAGAUACAAAAUAUAUAACGAAAUUAAAUUUCGCGAAAAUGAAAUGCAAAUGCAAGGAAAAGCAAAAGUACAGUUGUGAGCCGAAACUGUAGUCGCGCAUGUAUUAAGCGUUUAUGAAACGCGCAAGCGCGGAAUUGAAAAGAAUGAAUGAAGAAAUGUAAAAAGCAAGAAAAACGAAAAUACUGCACACCAUACAAUAUUAAUUAAAUAACUUAAGAAAAUAAUUUUAUUACUAUACAUUUGUGUAUUAACAUUUUAGUAUUCCUUUUUUUUCCUCACUAAUAUGAGAAUUUUGCGUAGACCCCAUAAUGAAAAUACUAAGUAAACUGCCAAAAGAGAAGAGAAUAGAAGUGAAGAGAGUAAUGUGUAAAAGACAAGAUAGAAACAUAUGCAGCAGCUACAAAAGAAUUCUCGUUCUCUAACGACAACUUCUUCAUUAGUCGAUUUAUGAUUACAUAUUGAUAAUUUGUUAUAUACAUAUAUAACUAUAAAGACUUCCUAUAAAAGUUUAGGGUGUGGGUAGUAGCAGAACAACAUCGACACUUUGUAUUAUAGCACACACACAUUGUACACACACUACUACACUUCCUGUACACAUCUAAUUUAGGAUCUGAGCUCGCCGAUUCCAAUUCCAAACUGCCUUAAUUUUUCACAAAUAUAUAGAACGAGAGACGAACAAUGCACCCCGAAAAGAGUAAUACUCCUUAGCAGUACGUAAAGCCCCUCUAGGGAAACGCUUAGUUCCCAGUUGCCUCAAGCAAAAAGAAUAUAACCAAAGGACAAUAUAUAAACGAUUGUUCUUCAAGGAUUAUAUAUCGAAAGAACAAGUUCAACUUACACACACACACACACAUAAGGGAAACUAUCACAGCCAAAUGAACUUGUUUUUAGGCACUGGAAAUAGUAGAUCCCAAAUAAAAAACAAUAUUUAUAUCAAAAAUAAAAAAAAAAAACUGCCACUGAGGCGUCAAACAGCGCACAA